GUUACACAUCGCCAUCUUGUUACAAAGCCCUUUCCUUGUCUGGAAGGUUCGCAGAGGGGCUCGGGGCGGAGGGGGCGAUCGCCUGGCUGGCUCCGGCUUCUUUAUUUUUUUCCUCCUCCUCCCCCCUCCCUCUUCCCCCUUUGCAAAAGAACCAAACCCCGACAUUAAAAUUAAAGGAUCCUGCCGCGGGGGUGGCAGCGUGGAGUUUCCCUUCUCCACUUUUUUUAUUUUUAUUUUUUUAAUAAGUCUCCCCAAGACUUUGGAUCCUCCGCCGAAACGCAGCCCCGAGAAAUGAGCAUUGAGACAUUGUUAGAAGCGGCCAGGUAUCUAGAAUGGCAAGCUCAGCAACAACAGAAAACACGUGGUAAGCCAGGGGUGGUGGUGGUGGUGGGAAUUAAGAUCUCGUGUCUCUCCUUUUUGAAAGAAACGCAGAAUAAUAAAAAAAAAAAAAAUGCACGCGGUGGGAUUUAUCUUAUUCCCCCCCCCCCGGUUUUUUGAUUGUUGGAAGAGAAACCAACUUUGCAGCGCGAGGCGAGUCGCCUUUUCGUCGGAAGCCCGGGGAUUUCACUCCCCCUUGUCACAGGCUUGCAGCGCUUUCGCCUCGGGUUGCAAAGCCUUGCGCGUGCAUUUGACACGGGAGUAAGUCCCCUCGGAUUCGCCGCCGAGCAAACAGCGCCUCGGGCUUGGGGCCCGUCGGUUCCCCCAACCGAAGCCGCCGUAUUUAUUUUGGCGGGUUAGGAGGUGAGUUUUUCCUCCCCGCUUUGCUUCCCAAAAAAAAUUGCACCGCGUUACGAUUGCUUUCUCCUCCGUAGCGCAGAUUUUGCAAUGAUGAUCAAGUCUUCUGAUUUCUCGUCGGUUCCCUCAGUGGGGGUUUCUAGUCGGGUUCUCCCCUCCUUCCUCCCCUCCUCCCGUUUUUGUAAAAUGUCCCUUUUUUUGUUUCGUUUUAAUGAACAUUUGGGCGGGGUGAGCGGAAAUAUUUUUGCACCGGGUUAAGAAAAAUAUGAGAUUGCCUAACGAGGCGGCGGUUGUGAGGAUAGCAGGCUGCCUCUCUUAACAAGCGCGUUGUGGAUAUGUCUACUUAGAAGCAAGCCCCAUUGUGUUAGAUUGGACUUACUCCCAGGUAAAUGCGUCCAGGAUUACAGCCGGGGGCGGGAGCAGCCUGUCAACGUGGUCUAAAUGCUUCAUUCUGCGUUUACUCUGAAUUUGCUGACACAUGCUAGCCGAGAUAUGUUUGUAUGUAUGCAUGUAUGUAUAUACUAAAAAAAUAAUAAUUCAGCCCAUUCAUUUCCUGCGGAUGGGCAGAUUCUCUCCGAUUCCCGUGCUCGCGUUUAUUGCCACCCCCCAAAAAUAAACUACAUGACCCCUUUCCGCCCUGCAGUGUAAGGAGGGCUGGGAAGGAAAAACAAGCCUUUGCAACACGGACGUAGUUAACCGAUGCAGCCCACGUAAUAGCCAUAAUUAAUUAUGCUUGGGUCUCUGCCUGCUCUUGCGGUUCUUCAUUCAUGCAUCCGGCAGCGAUCCGUCCUUUUCACACGGUUUUAAUUAUUUCCUUCUUAAACUUUCUAAGGCGCAUAGUGAAUGCAAGGAGGCGCGCGCAGGCUUUUAAGAGGCGGGCUGGAUCAGAGGGUGGGUUACGAUGUCAUGUAGUUAUGCGCCAAAAAGAAAAAAAGAAAAACCGAAUAGAAAAAAGAUAGGAACCUUUCCUCCCUGCUGCCUCCCCGUUCUGUUUUUUUGACGAUGCCUCCUGAUUUAUCAUCAGGAGCAGUUACUCAUUAGGCAGCAACUGUGGGGAGGGUUUGAAUCUGUUGGGUUUCCUUUUGGGGAGGGGAAGCGUUUCCUUCUCGUUCUCGACGGAGGCUUUUCCAGGGCGGUGGCGGGGCUGUUGGCGCUCCUGAUCUUAAGGCGAGGGAGGGAGCGAGGGGGUGUCAUAUGAUGCACUUUUUUUUUUUAACUAUUUCCGCCUCUUUCGUCUGAUGAUGCGCCGCUCCCCUAAUUGGGAAAUCUGCUGGGAGAGAUCCAGAAAGGGCUGUUGCUGCAUGCGGGAGGAACCGAUCCCCCCUCCGCCCCACAUACACACGCGCACACACACAUAAAAAUUAAAAUUCCGGAGAGAUGCUGCGUUUAGCGCGUGGUCGAGAUCUAAGCGCACAAUGGAACGUUGGCGUCGCUUGUAUCUUUUCCCCCCUUCAUUUUCUUCCCCCUCCCCCAGGUUUGGAACGUUGCGUGUUUGCUCUGCGUUCCAGGACCGUUCCAUUGGUUAGCGGGGAACGGGUGACGUGUCAAGGCCCUGCCCUCGACCACGUGCGCUGGGGACACUCCCUCUUUGGUGGCGUUGCUGCUGCUGGUGCUUGGAUGCGCGCUUUCAUUCUUGCAACUAUGCGCGUGUGCGCGCUCUCCCGUUCGCGCGCUUGUGCGUACACGAGGGUGGUGGGGAGGGCCUGCCCUCACUUGUUUGUGCUGCAGGAACGUUGGUGGUGAUGAUAACGAGGGUGAUGUGAAAUGGCAUGCAGGAAAGAUCUGAAAACCAGCAUGCCGGUUUUUUAAUUUUUAUUUGCUGUAAUCUGAAUAACAGAUUUUAAAACUCCAGACCUCUUGUUUGUAUUCGGGGCUCGUGGUAAGGACAUGCUGUAUUCACCAUGCAGGCAGCUCAGAGCUUGGGGUGGUGCGCCGUGGAAUGACAACAUAGAAUUUGGGAAUAUUAACAAUGGAAAUUAAUUUGGUAGAAGAUCUGUUGGAGGGAUCCCAGCACGCUACUUUCUACUGUAUUCUGAGAGAGAUUAAAAAUGGUUGUGGUGAAGGAUGCUGAGUCUGGGAUCUUCUAGACCUACAUCCUAUUAAUCAUCAUUAUGCUUUAUAGCACUGCGUACACUCUGAACUGCUUGCAUGGAUAUAGCUUUGUACUGUUAGGGGUCAUAAAUAGACUUUUAAUCCAGAUCUCCUUCAACUAUCUGUUUAUGGCUUGUAGCAAACAACAGCCAUGUCCCUGCAAUCAGCCCCAGGCGUGUGGACUGUGCUGUACAAUAAUUUAAAUAUUGUUUGAUAAAUAAAAGUUAGGUGCAUUUAGGGGGGAAUCUCGCCUUACUUUUUUGAACCCAGAUCUCUUACCUGUCUCUGAUUGGCUUGAAGUAACAACAGCUUCAGGCAUGCAGGCAGACAAGAAUUUGUACUAUGCUACAGAGUCGUCAUACUAUAUUAGUACUGCUGCUGUGUAAAAAGGUAAAGGACCCCUGGAUGGUUAAGUCUAGCCAAAGGCGACUAUGGGGUGCAGUGCUCAUCUUGCCUUUCAGGCCAAGGGAACCAACAUUUGACCACAGACAGCUUUCCGGGUCGUGGCCAGCGUGACUAAACCGGUUCUGGCGCAAUGGAACACCGUGACGGAAGUCCGAGUGCACGGAAACUGCUGCUAUGUAUGUAGGGCAGAUCUGAGACCCAUCAUGUAGCUGCUCUCCCAUCUCCUUCCUCCUCAUCCUGUCCUGAUUUUUUUAAUCCACGGCUUUCAUUUUGAAAAUUUACAUAUGGCUCAUAGCUCAGUAAGCAACAUUGUGGAGGCAGGUUGGCCUGUGGGGGUGUGACUGCAGUUGUACCUGUUUCCUUAUGAAAUCGGUUCCUGGCUUGGAACACAGUUUGCCAUGCUUUUCUCCUAAGAACUCAAUGAUAUAUCUUGCAAUUAUAGAAACAGCUUGUUGUUGGCAUUUGUCUGUCUCGAGAGACAAUGGAGUGCGCCUCCGGGGGUGAAGUCAAACUGCUGUGUUAGCAGCACUGAAGUGACCUCCCUGGGGCACAAGCCUGGGCAGUGUGCAUGGAGGUCCUGGGCUGCCCAGACGAAAAGAGUUCCCUCUUGGCCUCGCUGAUGUGGUCCAAAAAAGGCAGAGCAAAGCGUUUGGCACCAGCUUGGCUGAACAUGUUGCUGGAAGGUGGCCUUCAAGGCACCAUUAAACCAUCUUAGGGACUGCACUCCAGAUUUGUGUAGCCUUUUCUCCUCCUGAAGAUUUCCUGCAAGGCAACGGAGAUUUAAGAUCAAUUUUCCUUCUCCUGGAUGGGCUACCUUUCCAGGUGGACAAGCCCCAUCUGCCUCUCACUUCCCUCUACAGUACAUGCAGAAACCGUCUUCUUGACCGUUGGACCCACAAUUGGUCUCCUCUGCUCAAUCUUCCUGUCUUCACAUGCAGGGGAAGUCCUUAACUCACACAGGGUUUGAGACCCAUCAGCUACCCUGAUUAACCAAUAGUCGUAAUAGUGGGGGCAAUAUCUGAGAUUUAGGAUGCUGUGCUGAAGUGUGGUUUUCAAUCCACAUCUCGUGGGUGGGCAGGGGGAAGAGUGACAGCUAGGGACAGAGGAACAGGAGCCAAUUGUCUUGGAGCCAAUUCCAUGGAUAAGCUUAGGUGAGCUGUGGGGAACCUCCACUUGUUCCUGGACUACAGUUCCCAUCAUCCCUGGCCAUGCUGGAUGGUCAAAGGUUGCCUUUACCUGGGCCAUGCGCAUCCUCUGUGGUUAGGUGUUGUGCUUCUGGAAACCAGAAAGCAGCAUCGUUUGAGUCCCUGCCCUGUUUUUGUGGAUUACCCAAAGCAGCGAACAACGUUAUAGUUAAUUCUUGCAGCUUGCCUUCACUUAUCCCACCUCACAGGUGUGAAGAACAUUCUUUCAUUGUGAAUGGUCUGUGUUGCCAUUAAGAAAAAGAAGCCGGAAUUGGCCAAUAUAUAUGUGGAUUGUGUGACGUUUCUUCUUUAUGUUCUCUAACUUCUUAAGCCAGCUCAAGGUUGCCAUCUGAGCUAGCCAGAUGUUUAACUAAGAAUCAGUCACAGGCCAAUAAGACUUUUAGAACUGUCUCACCCCAAAAUGGCAACUUUGUUGUUGUUUAGUCGUGUCCGACUCUUCGUGACCCCAUGGACCAGAGCACGCCAGGCACUCCUGUCUUUCACCGCCUCCCACAGUUUGGUCAGACUCAUGUUUGUAGCUUCGAGAACACUGUCCAACCAUCUCAUCCUCUGUCGUCCCCUUCUCCUUGUGCCCUCCAUCUUUCCCAACAUCAGGGUCUUUUCCAGGGAGUCUUCUCUUCUCAUGAGGUGGCCAAAGUAUUGGAGCCUCAGCUUCAGGAUCUGUCCUUCCAGUGAGCACUCAGGGCUAAUUUCUGUAAGAAUGGAUGCGUUUGAUCUUCUUGCAGUCCAUGGGACUCUCAAGAGUCUCCUCCAGCACCAUAAUUCAAAAGCACCAAUUCUUCGGCGAUCAGCCUUCUUUAUGGUCCAGCUCUCACUUCCAUGUAUCACUACCGGGAAAACCAUGGCUUUAACUAUACGGACCUUUGUUGGCAAGGUGAUGUCAACUAGGUGUUCCUUUUUUGGCCACCGCAACCUUGGUUUAAGGAGCCAUUUGGCGCCUCGCUUACAUAGCUGAGUUUCUAACGCUUCUAGCUGGCCGCUGCAUGUGGCAGCCAAGAUUUGGAUUAGAAGAGGCCCUUAAAUUUUUGGACUGGUUCCUGGUUUGGUGGGAGGGAGCUAGGCAAAGUGUUCUCCGAUUGGCCCCACUCCUCUGAGUGGCUCCUGAAGCAGCAGACGGCUGUGUCUAGGUCCCCCUUUGGUUUCCCACAAUGCCCUUGAGCAACACUUAACAUCAGGGGCAUUCUGGGAAAUCAAAACGCAGACUGGAUCUGGCUGCUAAGCACUGCUUGACUCCCUGGACCAGAAAAUAAUUAAGGUGGGGCAGAACAGAAGAAAAGGCACCCACCCCUUAUGCUCCCUAGCAGGAUGUUGGGGCCUGAGCAUCUGGCAGGAUAGGAGAUGGGUGUUCUCCAUCCUGACCUACAAUAAUUUCAUAGAGUCCUAGAAUUGUAGAGUUGGAAGGGGCCAUGAGGGUCCUCUAGUCCAACCCCCUGCAAUGCAGGAAUCUUUCACCCAGUGUGGGACUCGAACCCACAGCCCUGACUGAGCCAGUUGCCACUUAAGUGCAGUUGUAUUUCUGGGGCUUUUUGUGUCUGGCUUAGCAUGAUUAAAGGGACGCAGGUGGCACUAUGGGUUAAACCACUGAGCCUAGGGCUUGCCGAUCAGAAGGUCAGCGGUUCGAAUCCCCGCGACUGGGUGAGCUCCUGUUGCUCGGUCCCUGCUCCUGCCAACCUAGCAGUUCAAAAGCACGUCAAGUGCAAGUAGAUAAAUAGGUAACACUCCGGCGGGAAGGUAAACGGCAUUUCCGUGCGCUGCUCUGGUUCGCCAGAAGCGGUUCAGUCAUGCUGGCCACAUGACCCGGAAGCUGUACACAGGCUCCCUCAGCCAAUAAAGCGAGAUGAGCGCCGCAACCCCAGAGUCGGUCACGACUGGACCUAAUGGUCAGGGGUACCUUCACCUUUUACCUAGCAUGAUUAAACCACGUUCUGAAUCUGUUUCAGUUCUCUUGACCGUUAUUGCUUAUAUGGUCGAAGCAGCGACACCUGUCCGUAAUAGGGAGGACCCCCUUGUCCCCCUCCCAAGCCUACUGGGCUAGGCUCAAGGUGCUGGUUUUGGCGUAUAAAGUCCCUAGAGCUUGGGAUCCGGAUACAGUGGUACCUUGGGUUACAUACGUUUCAGGUUACAGACUCCGCUAACCCAGAAAUAUUACCUCGGGUUAAGAACUUUGCUUCAGGAUGAGUACAGAAAUCGUACAGCGGCAGCAGGAGGCCCCAUUAGCUAAAGUAGUGCUUCAGGUUAAGAACAGUUUGAGGUUAAGAACGGACCUCUGGAACGAAUUAAGUUCUUAACCCGAGGUACCACUGUACCUGAAAUAUGGUCUCACCCGCUGUUGUAUCCAGUUGAUCCCUGUGCUUUGCAGACGGGGGCCUCUGGCAGUUACCAUCUUAAUCAGGGGCAUUCCACACAAUAUUGCAAUCAGGUCUUCGGUGUCCUGGCACCUUCCCCUCUGGAAUGCACUCCCAUUAAAUAUUAAACAGGCACCCUGUCAGCUGUCUUUUCGGCACCUGCAGAAGACGUUCCUCUUUCAACAAGCCUUUUGCAUGGAGAGCUUUCCCAGUGCAUCUGUACUGGGAUUGUUUUUUUAUAGUGUGUGCUUUUUUGUUUUUGUUUUUUAAAAUAGUCAUUGUUUUCACUGCCUUGUGGUUCAUGAGGAAGAAGUGUGGGACAGAAGCUUAACUAUUAAGUAACGAUAAUAAUAAAUAAUACUGGUCCAUGGGCACAGAAUGUCUGGGUUUUUGUUUGUGUGUGGAGGGUGAGGAUUAGAAAACUUGGUGUGAGAGCAACUGGAGUAUCCUGGAAGUGGACAUUUCUGAGUCCAACUAGAAUCCUGAGAGGGGAGAAUUCCACGCUGCAACAUUUUGUCGCAGAUCCCACUCAUCAUUUGCCUAAUGAGCAAACAGUUUCUCUUGGGUGGAGGAAAGGCUUAUCACUGUUUUGAUUCAGGGCCCCAAGGUGCCCCUGCUGUUGUGCUUCCACCGGGUCUACUUCUUCAUCCCCUUUAGAAAAAGGUAAAGGGACCCCUGACCAUUAGGUCCAGUCAAGGACAACUGUGGGGUUGCGGCGCUCAUCUUGCUUUAUUGGCCAAGGGAGCCGGCGUACAGCUUCCGGGUCAUGUGGCCAGCAUGACUAAGCCGCUUCUGGCGAACCAGAGCAGCGCACGAAAACGCCAUUUACCUUCCCACCGGAGCAGUACCUAUUUAUCUACUUGCACUUUGACGUGCUUUCAAACUGCUAGGUUGGCAGGAGCAGGGACCGAGCAACGGGAGCUCACCCCGUCACAGGGAUUCGAACCGCCAACCUUCUGAUCGGCAAGUCCUAGGCUCUGGUUUAACCCACAGCGCCACCCGCGUCCCCCCCCUUUAGAUAAGUAGCAGCAAAAAGCUGCUUGGAGGCCCCAUGUGCAGUGCCCCGGCACCCCACAAUACCAUCUACCAAUGUCUCCGUCCAUGGUUCCCCUCUGUCUGACACACACUUGGGUGAUUUCUAGUUUGCAAGCUCCUUGGGGCAGGGAGCUGAUACGGCUUCACUGCAGAGUGGCCUGCACAUCGAUGGGACAGAACGCCAGCACCUUACCUGUGUCGACAGCUCUUGUGUUCGCUUUUCUGAAAUUUGGAUUGUUUUUUUCUGUGACGUGGGGUUAGGGGCGGUUCAAGGUCUCCUGCUUUAAAUCUUUGAGCCAUUCCUUUAGACCUGCUCACCCUGUGAAAUCCCUUGCUAAAAGAGUGGGGGGAAUUCCCUUUUUUGUGUGUUUUCUUCCCUUGCCUUCCUGUUCCUUGCCAUGGGUGGCAAGCCUCUCCAAUGCAAGGGGGGGGGGGACACCUUUUGCAACCACAGUGGAGGAUCAAAUGUCUGUGUUUUGUGUGUGUGUGUCAUAUCUGAUGGGAGGUAGCCUGAAACGUAUUGUCUCAGCAAUGAGUCACUCCAGGAAAGGUGGAUGAGAAGGAAAUUAAAAUUCAACCACAACAGCAAAAAGAAAGAAGCCUUAGAGCUGCAGGAUAGAUUCCUCUUUUUCCACCCACCUUGUGUUGUUGUCGUCAUUGUUUUACUACCUCUCCUGCUGCAUCACCAUCAUUAAAAUCCAGCCUUUCCUCCCAGGAGAUGGAGCUGGUGGUCAUUGUUUUCCUCCUUUCCUCCUUUUAUCUUUACAACAGUCCUGUGAGGUAGGCUAGGCUGAGAGACAGCGACUGGCCCAAGUUCACCCAGUGAGCUGAUGCAGGUGAGGGAUAUAGUACGUGGGGUGCUGACACAAAUCCCUUUUAAAUCUACUACAUCACACUGGAAGAUGGUCACGCAACAGAAGGCUCUCAGCACAUGGGGGAAGGUCGCAGCUGUAAAACCUGCAAAUUCUCGGAAUAAAUCAAUGGAAUGGAGGGGUAACAUUGGGAUAAACGAUUGUUAGAGACAUCCUACCUGGAGCCUGCAAGAAAAUGUUGCAAUGUGGAGUGCAUGCCAGUUCAGGGUGGCACUCAGCCAACCAUGCCCUCUUUCAAGAACUCCAUUCCGUUACUCAAUCCCUUGGUGUUCCCAUUAUCUCUUCAUCCCCAUAAACACGCACUGUGUUUGUUGAGCAUGCUUAGUCCUCAUUAGGCUGUUUUCGGGUGUUUUCCCUCAAGGGCCAAUGUUCCCCCCAAUUUAUUUUUCUUUUUUAGUCCUCCUGCAUAUCUUGGCCAUUUCCCUGAGUUUGCCAGUAGCUCUCUCUUAUGCAGAGGAAGGAUGGUGGAGUUAUGGAUGGUGCCGUUUGGGUUACACAAGGCCUGGGUGAAUUGAGGUGGCAGUAUUCAGGUGGGACCUGCAACAAAUUCUUGCAGUGUGUGAGUGAAGUGCUUCUGCUCAGGCUCAGCACUGCACAACCGAGAACACUCAGUCAUCAUUGUGCUGAAUUUUUGGGGGGAUGGGUUUCCUAAAGCUUUUUUUUUUGUACUUCUGCAAACCUUGGAGGACGCCUAAGUCUGCCAUCUUGGAAAUAACAACAACAAUAUAGUUACUUUCAAGUGCCCCCCCCCCAUCACUUCUGAUUCAUCCUGCUCACCACCUGAGUAGACUGCCAGGGUCUAGGAACAAUGUUUGUAGCCACUGCUCUUCACUGACACUGGAUCACCUGAAUGAAUCUUGCAGACCAUAGUUUUGGAACCCCCGGCAUGCUCUAUUUAGGAUGAUGCAGUUGUUCCUUUCAGUGCAGCUACAGAUGUUGUUGUUGCCAUCCAUCUGUCCUGAGAGAGAAUGGAGUGCGCCUCUGGAGGUGAAGUCAAAUAUCUGCGUUAGCAGCACUGAAAUGAUCUCCCCGAGGUACAAGCCUGGUUGGUGUGUAUGGAGGUCCUGGGCUGCCCAGACGACAAGAUCCCCCUCUUGUCCUGGCUGAUGUGGUCCAAAGGAAAGCAGAGCAAUACGUUUGCACCAGCUUGGCUGCAGGAGUUGCCGGAAAGAGGUGCCGUCCAACUGCCUUAGGGACUCCACUCUGGAUUUCCAUAGUAAUAAUGUAAUAAUUUAAUAAUAAUUUAUUAUUUAUACCCCACCCAUCUGGUUGGGUUUUCCCAGCUACUCUGGGCGGCUUCCAACAGACUAUUAAAAUGCAAUACAGUCAUACCUCAGGUUGACGUUGCUUCAGGUUGAGCGCUUUCGGGUUGUGCUCCGCAAUGGAAUGUGUUACUUCUGGGUUUCGCUGCCCACGCAUGCGCAGACGGUCAAAAUGACCGCAUGCGCAGAAGCGGCAAAUUGCGACCCGUGCAUGCGCAGACAUGGGUUGUGUUCACUUCAGGAUGCGAAUGGGGCUCCGGAACGGAUCCCCUUUGUAUCCAGAGGUACCACUGUAGUCUAUUAAACAUUAAAAGCUUCCCUAAACAGGGCUGCCUUCAGAUGUCUUCUAAAAGUCUGGUAGUUGUUUUUCUCUUUGGUGGGAGGGCGUUCUACAGGGUGGGUGCCACUACUGAGAAGGCCCUCUGGCUGGUUCCCUGUAACUUGGCUUCUCGCAGCGAGGGAACCGCCAGAAGGCCCUCGGUGCUGGACCUCAGUGUCCGGGCAGAACGAUGGGGGUGGAGACGCUCCUUCAGGUAUACUGGACCGAGGCCGUUUAGGGCUUGAAAGGUCAGCACCAACACUAAGGAGUGCUUACUCCUUAUCCUUUUCUUCUCCUGAAGAUUUCCCGCAAGGCAGUGGAGGUUUUAAGGGCAGAGAUUUCCUUCUCCUCGAUGGGGUACCUAGAGUCUAGGUAGAAGAACCUGUCUUUGCACUCAGGGAAAGUCCCUAACUCUCUGAGGGUUUGAGACCCAUCGGCUACCUUCGCCUGGCUUAGUCGGCUAGUCUAAGCCGUUUCUCCAUGUGGCCGCUGUCAAAUUCUGACAUCUUCUAGAAGCCACAGGUGAGAGCUGAGCGCAGGGUGGGGGACCAAAGGCAGACAAACUACCCCAGAAGGAGUGUGACACGUCCCUUGUUAGAGGCACUGUCCCUCCCUUAACAUCCCCCCCCAUACCCCCAGCUUCAGAUGACCUACAAUUAGGUCUUUCUACUCGUGUCCCAGUUACCUGAAUUUAUCUAUCUAUAUAAAUGUUGUCUUCAUUGCAUCAUCAACUUAGGGAAUUUUCUGCCACAGUUGCGGCUAUUGACUUAAAUGGCAUUAGGUUAAGGGGCUGGGCAGAUUCGUGGAAGAGGAUGGCUGGAGGCAAAAGACUCAGCUCCUUUAGCUGAGCUGCUUCCGUGGCCAUCAAGUGAUAAUGUAGGCGGUGCAUGUGGCUAUUCUGCUGCAGUUAUCACAAUGACUCCCUUGGAAAACAAUGGUUUAAAUAAGGUCUUUACUGUUGUUGGAUCUGUAGAAUGGGUGCUUUUCCUUUGGUAACUACUUCCUUGAGGACUUUGUGUGCUCUCAGCUUGACUGAGGCAACACCAGCCUACUUUUCAAGGUAGUUGGGAAAGAAUACAACAACCUUUCAUUGGCAAGGAUUACAGGGAGGCAAGUCACCUACUUAGGAAAACCAGUCACACCUGAGGUCACCUUUGUGUGUGGUUGUGUGUGCUUUUCUGUUUUCCUUUUUGAUGGUUGGAGGCCAAUGUCCCAACUACGCUUCUGGGUGUUUCAAGGCUUCUCCCUUGAAAUCUGUUUCAAAGCAGAGAUUGUUCCUCAGUUCUGGGGCACCCGCCUACUGUAGCUGAGGCAAAACCCAGACAAACCGAGAUGGGGGCCGCUUGAGAAACAAAGCGGAAAAAACGGUGGCAUGAAUGCUGUUCAGCCAUGGUUUUGCUGUCAGUCUUCCAUCUCCCCUAUCUGUAAAGUGGGAAUAAUGGUUAUCUAUGUUGCACUUCCCUGAUUCGAGGAUUAACCUGUGCUCUGAGGUUCCAGAGCAGUGUUUGAAAUUUGCAUUUUGCACCUGGCGUCCAACCACUUGCAACCAAGUGGAGGUGUCUGGGUGCCAGGAUGGCACCUGACAUCUCCAUCAUCUGGGGAUCAUUGGAUCUGGACACUGUUUUCACACACUAAUAUCCCGUCCUGUAAAAUUCUAUCAGUUACAUUUUAUCUGCACAAUCGGAAUGAAUUUCUGGAACCAAAUUACUGUUUCUGUGCAGCCUGAGCAGGAGCAGUCACCCUUAAAAAAAAAAAGAGGUAGGAAUAGGCCGAAAUAGAUGUGGACUGGAUUAAGUGACUUUACUUUUUUAAGUUCUCAAAGUUCUUAAUUUAGCUCAAGGUUAUCAUCUGAACUAGUCAGAUAUUUAACUGAGUAUCAAUCACAGUCAGUCCAUCAUUUGAAAAAUAAGAGCUGUCUUGCCACCAAAGGGCAACUAGAUACAGUGGUAAAAGGUAAAGGUAAAGGACCCCUGGAUGGUUAAGUCCAGUCACUAAUGACUCAGGGGUUGUGGUGCUCAUCUCGCUUUACUGGCCGAGGGAGCUGGCGUUUGUCCACAGACAGUUUUUCCGGGUCAUGUGGCCAGCGUGACUAAGCCGCUUCUGGCGAAACCAGAGCAGUGCAUGGAAACGCCGUUUACCUUCCCGCCGGAGCUGUACCUAUUUAUCUACUUGCACUGGCAUUCUUUCAAACUGCUAGGUUGGCAGGCGCUGGGACUGAGCAACGGGAGCUUACCUCGUCACGGGGAUUCGAACCGCCGACCUUCCACAGCGCCACCCGCGUCCCAGAUACAGUGGUACCUCAGGUUAAAAACACCUCGGGUUACAAACACUUCGGGUUACAGACUCCGCUAACCCAGAAGUAGUACCUCAGGUUAAGAACUUUACCUCAGGAUGAGAACAGAAACCGUGUGGCGGUGGCAGCGGGAAGCCCCAUUAGGUAAAGUGGUACCUCAGGUUAAGAAUGGACCUCCGGAAUGAAUUAAGUUCAUAACUGGAGGUACCACUGGCAACUGCGACCUUGAUUUAAGGAGCCAUUUGGUGCUUAACUUAUAUAUCUGAGUUUCUAACACUUUUCCUGAGAGGAUAUCCAUGGGGGUGUGGUGGGAAUGGGCAGUGAGACCCAGCAAAGUUCUUUGCCCUGUGGUUAUUGAGCAAAAUUGCAGUUGUAGUGUGAUCAGAGGUGAUGGAGAUGUUUCAGCGGCCCCUAGGCCCGGGGAGGCAGGACGGUGCUCUCCAGGUUGUUGCUGAACUACAACUCCCAUCAUCCCUGGCCAUUGGCCAUGCUGACGGGUGGUUAUGGGAGGUGUAGUCUAGCAACACCUGGAGGGCCACAGGCUCCCCAUCCCUGCUGCAGGAGGACUGAUAUCUGGGAAAAUGCAAAUUGCAUUUUAGGAAAUAUUUCUCGUUGGCAAUGAUGACAGUUAGGUAGUUUUAGACAUCUGGAAGGGACACCUGGCUUAGGCCUUCAGGGAUAUUAAGGGGGUGCCUCACGGCAGUGUUUUAUAGCUUUGGGAUUCAUCCUUGCAUUGUGGAUAAGCAAUACUGACCAGCAUACCCAUUUGGCAGAAAGGGGAUUUGGAAGACUGAUGCACAAGGCUGUGAAACCUGCAGCUGAAGAGGGUGCUGAAACCAGCUCCAUAUCCCAAGCGCUAGCCUCUGGGUCGUCUUGCUUUUCUAAUUUUAAGAGCAUGUGCAUCUGUAUACUGGAGUUUUUAUUUAUUUUUCUAGCCUGAGACUAGCAAUUGGAUUAUGUACCUGAGUUUCUAGCACUGCUUUGGCCUCAUAUGUUCUGACCAGGUGAGAGGGUGAUUCUGUCUUUUACAGGUUUGUGUUUCUUCCCUCACUUCUGCAUGUGCUAAGGCAGCCUGGCUGCAUUGCGGGGCUCCCAUGCUCAGUUCUGUCGAGAGGACCCCUAGACUUCUUCCUCAUAAGUAGCACAAUUGCCCGUAGGUUGACCCGUGGUAGCCACCUGUUGAGCUGGCCACGGAAUGUGACUUUGUGACGUCUUGGCGUAACUCUUUGGGUAUGUUUAUGUAACAGGAAGUGGGAAGAAUGUUUUGGGAUAGGAGCUGACUCAGUGGGUACGAGCCUCCAUCUAGGUCAGGUGACGCCUACCUGAACUCCCCACCCAGCUGGGCAGGCGUGAGUCACUCCUGCGGCUAAGAGAGAUCCCUAGAGCUACAGGUAGAAGACGUAUCGCAGUGGUCAACCUCCAAAAACUUUCAUUCUGUGUGGCUCCUCUGUUUCCUCGAGGAAGGGAACCCUCCACUGUGACCUGAGCUGCAUACACAUCAUACUUUUAAAGCACCCCCUCAAAAAAACAAUCACGGGAAUUAUAGUUUCUUAAGGGUGCUGCAGUAAACUACAGUUCCCACAAUUCUUUUCUGGUGGGUGGAUGGUGUGCUUUAAAUGUAUGGUAUGCAUACAGCCCUUGUUUCAUUCUUGGGCAGGUUAAAAUUGUCACUCACUACCAAUAUAAAGUGUUAGAAACUGAGAUAUACAGUGGUACCUCGGGUUACAGACGCUUCAGGUUACAGACUCCGCUAACCCAGAAAUAGUACCUCGGGUUAAGAAAUUUACCUCAGGAUGAGAACAGAAAUCGCGGGGCAGUGGCAGCAGGAGGCCCCAUUAUCUAAAGUGGUACCUCAGGUUAAGAACAGUUUCAGGUUAAGAACGGACCUCCAGAACCCAAGGUACCACUGUACUGUAUAAGCUAAUCACCAAAUGGCACCUUAAACCGAGGGGACGGUCACCACAAUGGAAUGUCAAGGUGCCAUUCCCCCCACCCCAUAAGAUUUAUUGUUAUUCUUCAUUUAAUUUCUAUGCCACUUUAUAUUUUCAAGAAAACAAUCUCAAAGUGCUUUGCAACACUUUAAAACAUCAAACAAAACAGUCCAGGAUAAAACAAAUUCAAGCCUCAAGGGAAGUAUUUCAGAGCCUUCUCGAAGUGGCAUUUUGCUUUCCCCCAUAUUUAUUUACCUACUUAAUUUAUAGAGCUGCCCUGUGGCAGAAGUACUCUAGGAAGCCAGUGGGGUGUAGUGGUUAGAGUGUCAGACUAGGACCUGGGAGAUCGGGGUUCGAAUCCCCAGUCAGCCAUGAAGCUUGGAGUCAGUCCCAGCCUCUUAACCUACCUCACAGGGUCGUUGUAGAGAUUAACUGAGGAUUUCAAGAUUUCUGGGAAUUUUGCCUUGGUUCAAAGAACCCUUCCACCAGUCCCACCUCCUACCCUGAGGGUUGACGCUCCUAGUCCUUAAGGCGACAGAGGAAGGUCUGGAUAAUUUUAUAUGUCAGAGACUUCUGUUGGAGCAGGAUUCGCAUCUGUGUAUGUGUGUGAAGGGGAUGGCGCUUGCCUACAACACCCAGUUCAGGGCUCCUUGGAUCUGUCUCAGAUACGGAACAAACCAGGCACAUGAGGCUUGCAUAACUACCGUGAGCAAAGCGUGCAGCAUUGCAGAAUCCGAGCUUUGGGUCAGCUUUGCUGUGUGCUUCCUGACUCGCCGAAGCACUUGCAUGAUCCCGCAAACGGCGCAAGCGACUUAAGAGUUCAGCCGCUGGAAUCCGCCCCCCUUUUCUCUCUCCCCGCCCCAGAAGCUGGCAUCCCGUACUGCAGAUGCUGCAUGCGACUUCAUCAUGAGGUCUUUUGGCCGUUCCCGGUGGUGACGUGGUGCGUCAUGGGCGAGGGAGGUUCUCUCUGCCGCUUGGCUGCCGCCCAGCUGACCUGCCGUGUUGUCUUCUAAAGUGCACAGCAGGCAGACACGUGCUUGGGGGCUGGUCCCCCCCCCCUUCCCGGUGUUUUCGAGGGAGAGGGAGCUUUUUCCGCAGCCUCUUGCGGUUGAGUAAUUCUCUCGGCUCUCCUGCUCCAGAACUCUGGCCUGUUUUCUCCUAGGUGGUGUGUGUGGUUUUGGUUUUUUAGCUGCUGCGUAAAUAUUCCUGGGGCCGGCGAAGGGAGACGAUGGCCGUCCUCUGUGCAAAGGCAUUGAAAACCUUGAGCUUGGGGUGGGGGCAUUAACUGUCCCCCCCAUAAGCCUCUCUCUCUGGCUUCCUGGAGGCAUCUUGCUUGGAAAUGGGGUUGAUCCUGCACUGCUUGGUUCUUGUCCACCACAAAAUCACCCAGCAAUAAGAAUUGGCCGCAGAAGGAAGAGCAGGGUGGUUGGGUGGGUCUAGCCAUUUUGAAUGUUUGUGUUUACAUACCAUGCCAUCUGCACUUCAUAGCGGCUUCAUAUCAUGGCUCCCCCCAAAAUAUAAUAAUCCUGGGAACUGUAGUUUAUUAAGGGUGCUGAGAGGAGUUGGGAAGACAACCUGUUCCCCUCACAGAGCUGCAAUUCCCCAAGUGGUUUUUAACAGCCCCUCUGCCAAGGGAUCUCUGGGAAUUGUAGCUCUCUUGAGGGAUUAGCUGGGUCCCCUAACAACUCUCAGCACCCUUUACAAACUACAGUUCGCAGGCUUCUUCGUUAACCGCUUAAACUGGUAUAAUACUGCUUCAAAUGAAUAAUGCAGAUGGGGCCUAAGACUCUUAAAUCAGAGGGUUUUGGGGGACAGCCGAUAACCCCCUGCCCUUGUCUUCUGUCUGCUUUUGGUGUGUAUUUUUUAACUGCUGUUUGCGUUUUUAUGCUUUAGCUGUUAAGUAUUUAAUUGUACUGCUUUAUAUUGUUUGAAGCUGUCUCGUGGGUGCGCAGAGAUGGGAAAGGUGGGGUUAUAAAUCUCUUCAAAUGUAUGGUUUUAUUUGGCAAGGUGAGGCCGAGGCCUAGGCGAUAUAUUGGCAGGGGACUCAGGGCUGGCUCUGCUGGGGGCAGGAGCCUUUCUGCCCCCCGGCUGAGCAGCAGGCUGGGGUCAGCUGUUUUGGCCACAGCCCCUGAGGCGCUGGGGUAAAAGCGCCUCAUCUCCCAUGAUGAGAGCUGUGGCAGUUUGCCCAGGCAUCGUGCUGGCUGGGGCCAACACAGCUUUUUUCAGCUUCUGUGGUAUAUCGCCAAACCGCGAUGUUGAAAACCUGACAUUGCCCAGCCCUAGCGAGGACACCCAUAUCUCAUUUAUCGAGUUCAAGCAGUGCAUUGUCAAAACACAUGGCAGGCCAGUGGAGGCUGCCGAGAAAGCCACCAGGCUGAACUGGAUUCCGCGGCAGCAAGGGGAACUGGUUUCACUGGUCUGUUUUCCCUGUCAGGAGAACAAAAAAGAAAGAAACGAAAUGACUGUGAGGCAGAGCCUGGCUGACAUCCACCAGGCUUCGGGUCUAAAGGAGUCACAAUGAAUACCUCUGAGCUUAUGCAGAGUGUUCUUGCUGCUCUAGGAUAAUUGAGUCAGACUAUUGGUCCAUGUAGCUCAGUGUUGUCUGCACUGACCGGCAGCAGCUCUCCAGGGCUUCAGGCAGGGGUUAGAGAAAAGGGGAAUGAUCUCUCUCCUCAGAGGGAUAGGGUGGGGGUGGGGAGCCAGGGCGAUGUGGGGAGUUAUGCAGAUGGUGCCUGGGUGGUUUUCCAGCCUGAGGGCCACAUUCACUUCUGGGCAGCCUCUUGGAGGCCACAUGGCUGAGGGUGGAGCAUGAAAUGCACCUUUUACCUUCCUCAAAUAGGCCGUUUUCUUAGCACAUGUCAUGUAUCCCUAUCUAUACACUCCACCCAAGGGUGCAAAGCAGGCCCGGGAGAGGGUGCGUCUGGAAAGGGUGUGUGGGCUGGGGAGAGCCUCGGGGGCCAGGGAAAGGAGUGUGGAGGGCCACAUUUGUUCCUUAUACCUGGUAUAAGGUAUUGCGUAUUUCUUAUGUAGAAACAGAAAUGUGAUUGGCUGGACUGGAUAGGCGGGGGCGGAGUCGUGUGGAAGAAGGAAGGCCAGAGGGCCAAUUGCAGCAGAUGUCAGGUUGGUUAGAAUGGGCGGAACCAGAAAUGGGUGUAAAGGGGGCGGGAAUACAGAUUUAAUAAUGAGCACUAGAUGCUUGAAGAUAAUGCAUAUUUUACUAAAAAGCCUCCCAGAGUGGCUGGGACAACCCAGUCAGAUGGGCAUAUAAAUAAUAACAUUCUUCUUCUUCUUCUUCUUCUUCUUCUUCUUCUUCUUCUUCUUCUUGUUAUUAUUAUUAUUAGGCUGCCAAAGGUGAGAAAUGGUGUGGGAACUAUUUCCAAGACCAUUGGUUGCUUAAUCAGUUUGAAUCUUGAGUGUAUUUUUUAAAAACUUGGUUAAAUGGGGGUGAUGGUGGAUAAGUUUCAUUCUUAUGGUUUUGCUUCUUUGCCUUACGUUGGAGUUGUUAAUUUGUUGUUUAUUGGGGCUGUUUUAAUCAUUUGUGUAUAUUAUAGUAUCUUCGCGCCCCCUCCCCUUUAAAUCUUUAUUGCUUUGGUGGCCACUCUGGGAUUUAAAAGAAAUUGAAGAGCAGGCUACAAAUGCUGUAAAUAGGCAAAUAAAUAAAGUAUCGGAGCGUCGUCAUAAAGAUUUGAGGAGCUGGGUAUACCAAUAAAGUCGAAAUAAUGGGCAGGAAAGAUGCCUUUAGGAGAGGAAAAGAGCAGCCACUGUCUGCCUCUGGCCGCAACAUUUGACUCCUACCCUUCGUCAAGUUUAUUGCAUUUGUUUUUCUUCAGGGUGAGGCAGCUCUGAGUUGUUUUAUAAGUGUAACCUCUUUGCGGUCUGUGACCUAUGGGUCCUCCCCUCACUUGUGAGUGUUACUCUGUUAAAAAAACUGCCCCCUCAUGUAUGUAUACCACUCCAUAAAUAAUAUUCAGCCUUUGAAAUCUUCAAUCUUUUAAGACCCACUUUUAACCCAUUUGGAGACUCAUUUCUUAACGUUCCUGGCAGUCACGUUCCUGGGGAUGCGGGUGGUGCUGUGGUCUAAACCACUGAACCUUGGGCUUGCUGGUCGGGAGGUCGGCGGUUCGAAUCCCCGCGACGGGGUGAGCUCCUGUUGCUCGGUCCCUGCUCCUGCCAACCUAGCAGUUCGAAAGCACGUCAAAGUGCAAGUAGAUAAAUAGGUACCGCUCCGGCGGGAAGGUAAACGGCGUUUCCAUGCGCUGUUCUGGUUUCGCCAGAAGCGGCUUUUACACAUGACCCGGAAAAACUGCGGACAAACGGCAGCUCUCUCGGCCAAUAAAGUGAGAUGAGCGCUGCAACCCCAGAGUCAUUUGCGACUGGACUUAACUGUCAGGGGUCCUUUCCCUUACCACGUUCCUGUCACAACCCACUUUGGAUUAGGCCAUGACCCACUGGUGCGUACUGACCCACCAGUUGAGGACCAGUGCAGUAAACAUUUUUUUCAGCCGGGGGGGUGCAGUUUGGGGUGAGCAAGCUUCCAGGGGCCGGGUGCAGGAGGGCAAACUUGAAUAACAUAUUUGUGGGGGGGGGGCAAGUAAGCCCUGCCUGCAUAAUUGAUCACAAUACCCAGCACAGAAUAUCCUGAUGAAUGACAGGAGAGAGAUGAUAUAAAUAUGGUAAAGGGCCUAAUGGGUUUUUUUCUCUCUCUCUUUCUCUCCCCCCCCCCCCACAUUUUUAUUUUUGGGUUUUUUUAAUUGUUCUUAUUAUUCUUGUUCGGUAGACCAGUUUGAUUCUUACUGUAUUUUAUGUCGAAAAUUCACAUUAUUAAAAAUAACAAGGUGCAGCAUGCUCACACCAUUUGAAUUGCAAUGCCUAUCCACUUGGGGGGGGCUGACCCCCUCAAAUGUUGUGGAGGCCGAAGGGACCUCAGCCCCUAGGAGUUGACUCCUAUGGCCGGGCACCAGUAGGCCUAGCGGUGGGAGGAACAAGAGGUGUCGGCCAUGUUUUCCUGUGGCACAAAGGUCUGAGGGUUGUUGUUUUUUUACGCCCCCCCCUUAAAAAAACACACCUCUCUAUCCUCAUCCAGGCUAGCAAGAGGCACCAUCGCAGUUUGGGGACACAUUCCCAGACAGGCAGAAGUGCUUGAGGAGAGCGCAGAGCAGGGCCACAGAGUGGUGUGAACUUGGGGAAAGGAAGCAAUGAGGGAUCUCAGGGCCUGGAGGGGGGCCAUUUUGUGCCCUGGGCCCGAGACCCUCCACCUUUGCGAUGAACGGACCUCGGAGAGAAACACUCUAGUUCCUAUUAAUCGUAAGAGUCGGAAAGGGUCCGCAGGGGUCGUCAGCCAGGUCGCAAGGUGGUUAGAUUGGUCUCAACUAGGGCCAGAGUCUUUUCAGUACUGGCCCCGACUUGGUGAAACGCUCUGUCACAAGAGACUAGGGCCCUGCGGGACUUGACAUCUUUCCGCAGGGCCUGCAAGACAGAGCUGUUCCACCUGGCCUUUGGUUUGGACUCAGUCUGACCCUUAUGAUUCCCUCCCCUUAUGGUUUUGAUCUAUGGGCUGCUUUUAAAAUGAGGCUGCAUUUUAAAUUGCAUUUUAACUUGUAUUUUAAAUUGCUCCCCCCACCAUUACAUUUUUACUGUAAUUUUACUGGUGUCAGCCCCCCUGAGCCCGGCUCUGGCUGGGGAGGGCGGGGUAUAAAUAAAAAAUUUUAUUAUUGUUGUUAUUGUUAGAAAUUAGCCAGGUGUGUUUUGCAACCGGCACGGGUCCAAUGGCGACCCCAUGGAGAUCUCUGGGUACCAAGUUGGCGGAUUACAUCUCCAUCUGGUCAGCCUCUCCAGCUUUCUUGAGCCAGUAAGCAGAAGAGAUGACUGUGUUUAUAUACCACUUCCCUCCCCACCCCAGGAGUACAUGGUUCAGCUCCCUCCUCAGUUAUAACCCCUACGACGGUCCUGUGAGGUAGAUUACGAGGCUGUGACUGACGGCAAGCAUCGUGAUGGGAGUGGGGAUUCGAACCCGGACCUCCCGGGUCCCAGUCUGACCCUCUAACCCAGAGCUUUCAAAACAUUUCACGCCGCUGACACCCUUUUUAGACCUGCGUCAUUUCGUGACACAGUCGUUCAGUUUAACUAGCAAACUGGAGGUUAAACUAAUGCCUUUCCAGCCCCGGGAGGAGCAUUUGCUCAGCCAAUACACAGUUUGGAAAGCUCUGCUCUAACCACUGCACCACACUGCCUUCCUAGAGUCCUUCUUCUACGGGGCAACUAUGUAAAUUAAGUAGCUAAAUAAAUAAAUAAGUAGGGAAAGCAAAAUGUCCAUUAGAGAAGGAUGUGAAGUAUUUUCUUUGAAGCUUGACUUGGUUUGAUUCUGGGUUUUUUAAUUAAAUGCGCUGUAAACCACUUUGAGAUUUUUCUUUUUCUUUUAAAAUCUAAUGCGGUAUAGAAAUGAAACGCAAUAACAACAAAUCCCAGUGGGAGUGGGGGGAAAGGCGCCUAGACAUUUGGUUGUGGUGACCGCAGCCUAGGCUUUAAGGUGCCAUUUGGCGAUUAGUGCAUAUACCGUAUUUUUCCUUGUAUAGGACUAGUUGUUGUUUUUUGAAAAAUUAAUCUUAAAAAUUGGGGUCGUCCUGGAUACAAUUUCCCCUCAUUUUCUCCAUUUGGAGUCCCAAAAAAGUGGGGGCGUCUUAUACAUGGAAAAAUACAGUAUCUUAUAACACGGAGACCCUCACUCUGCAGGAACAAAUGUCUGUCGAUAAUGACCGCGGUUCUUUCUCUCUCUUUCCCCCCCUUCCCUUCCCGAACAGAGGAGAACGAGAAGCACGAAAAGCUACGCUUGGAGCGCGAACAGGAGCAGAAGAAGGCCAGCGUGCCUAGGGUUAACCAUGUCGCUCGCCCCGAGGAGCCCCGCCUCGAAAUGGCGGCCGUGCCCUUGUCUCCGCCCGCCCCGCCUCCGCCCCCUCCCCCGCCGCUGGCAGCCCCCAUCUCCGUCAUCCCCAUCCCCGUGGUCACAAGCCCCGCCCCUCCGGCGGCGCACAACGCCUUGUCCCCGCCUCUCAUCCACCGCCACCAGCCGCUCGUGAGCGCUCCCGGCCUGGGCAAGGAGCCCCCCCUGGCUGCCCCCGUCAUCCAGAAGACCGGCCCCUCGCUUCUUCCGGACAUCAAGGCCCCCACGCCCCCUUGCAGCAGCCCGAAGCAGCAGCAGCAGCAGCUGCCUCACUAUGCCACGCCGGUGCUGGCCAUCUCACAGCACCACAUGGUCCAGCAGCCGAUCCAGCCCCAGCCUCCCCCUCUGCAGCCCCACCAGCCCCACCACCAGCCCCUCGGCGUCAAGCUGGCUCCCUCGUCGGAGGACGUCAAGCCCAACGAGCAGAAGAAAAGGCCCGGAGGGUGAGUGUGGGGUCGCUGGGGGCAGCGAUGGUGGAAAGGGGACCCACUCAGGAACCAUUAAGUCCAACCCUCUGCAAUGCCCGGGAUCCUGCCUUGUUUUGUGUAGAACAUUCCCACCCACCUAUAAAAUAAAAUAAAAUAAUAAAAAAUAAAGAUUAAAUUAAAUUAAAUUAAAAAUAAAAUUAACAAAAAUCCACCGGGCCAUUUGCAACGGCUCCAAAUCUGAAGUGGGGGGGAUGAGGGGCACUUGGCUCAGAAAGGCUCUCAUCUGUGCAGCUUGUCUCAAGUUGCAUCUUGCUGUCUUUCCAGCAUCAGGCAAAGACUUCAAAAUACCGUAUUUUUUGCCCUAUAAGACGCACUUCCCCCUCCUAAAAAGUAAGGGGAAAUGUGUGUGCGUCUUACGGAGCAAAUGCAGGCUCCAUGGCUUCAGCGAAAGCAACACGAAGCCUCCGGAGUGUAGCAGGAGCUCCCGCUGCGCUCCGGAGGCUUCGCGUUGCUUUCGCUGAAGCCAGGAGAGCAAGAGGGAUCGGUGCGCAUUGAUCCCUCUUGCUCUCCUGGCUUCGCUUCGCUGGAGAGGCACUGCGCAGCUUUCCCUCUCUGUGCAGCGCCCCUUCAGCGAAGCAGAAGGAGAAAUGGAAGGGGCUUCGCUUCUCUUGCCGCUUCACUGAAGGGGCGCUGCGCAGAGAGGGAGAGAAUAUUUUUUUUCUUGUUCUCCUCCUCUAAAACUAGGUGCGUCUUAUGGUCGGGUGCAUCUUAUAGAGCAAAAAAUACGGUAGUAAUAAUAAUAAUUCCCUGGUCCUUCUGAGGGCCGUUCUUCUGGUUUUCAUGCUGUGAGGUUUUUCUUUCGCUUUGCUAAUUAUUUAAAUAAAUAAAAAGGAAUGCUAUUUGGGACCCUGUAGAUCUGCUGCAGGUGGGCAUAGAUAGCCAGUGAAGCAGGUGGACCAGUGGUUUGGCUUGACCAAAGGCAAGCGUUUGUGUGUGGGAGACCGCAUGCUUUGCAUUCAGUCGCUCCCAGGUUCAAGUUUGCACAUCCCCAGUGGAAAUCGGGAACUGUGGACCAGUUGCCAAGAAGCGACUACCAACUAUGAUGGCAGUGUUCUGCCUCUGCCGUUGGAGGCAAUAUGCUUCUGAAUGCAGGAAACCGCAGGAAGGGACAGCGCUGUUGUGCAUGUCGGCUUCCCUUAAAUGGCCACCAUGAGGACAGGAUGCUGGGAUACCGGGGCCAUCAGCUUGAUGCAACUAGGCUCUUCUUACAUUCCUGGGGAAAUACCUCCAGUAGAACGCUUGGAAGAGCCGAAUACACUUUUCUGCAGGCCAAUGGAAAGAGGGAUGGCUUGUUAAACUACUCUGGGAAUUGUAGCUCUGUGAAGUGGAUAGGAGCCUCCUCACGACCCACUGCACCCUUAGCAAACUACAUUUCCCAGGAUUCCUUGGGGGAAGCCAUGCUUGUUUAAAGUGGCUUCCUUGUGCUUUAAAUAUAUUGUGAGGGCAGAUCCAUUGAAAGGGCUGGAUUUAAGUUAGUUGGGUCCCAGCAAUUUCUUCUCUGAGGAGGAGGAAUAUUGGGUACAUCCAGUAUCUGUAAAAUAGAAGAAGACCAAGCCAUUCAAUUGAAGACUGUAUCACCUACAGCGCGAGACGAUGCUGUUUGCCUCGUUCGUCUGAAUGCAAACUGUUGCAUUAGGGAACUUCUCUUCAUGCCCGCCCCCCCCAGUAAAAAUGACCCAAAAUUGUGCAGCAAGUGGGUCGUGUUGCUACUUUUCUGUGCCGCAGACAAAGCCCAGCCCUUCGGGUUGAGUGUGGAGAUUUGUUAAGCAGCAUGUGUUUCCCUCAGCAGGUUGACUGCAAACAGAUGCAUUUGUUGCCACGACAACAGGGGAUGUGACAAUCGGGGUGCCACGCAAGCCUUGUGUGCCUGUGAAAACAUGGGCUGUGGGACUGGGAGGGUGUCUUCUGCUCCAAAGGACCCUGGGUUCAAGGAUCAGAAGGAAUAAUUUGAGUGAAGCGCAUUAGCUUGUUACACAUAGGAAUGUGUAAAAUUGUUUUUGUGCGAGAGAGAUGGCGUGUGAGACAGAGAGAGCGAGAGAGAGAGUUUUAUCCUUAUUCCAAAGAAUUCCUUCCAUGUCUAUAUGUUCUGGCUUUGUUCCAGCCCCUAACAGCAAGUCAGCAUGCCUAAAUUGAUCUGCAAAGCCUUUGCAACAGCUGGCUCUCUUAACCCCCCCCCCCCCCCUGCCCAAAUCUCCAUUUGGAAACUUUUAGGUUUAAGCGCAGAGCUCUUCUGAAACCUGGUGCUGAUGGUGAAUUUUUAUAUAUUUUUCUUCUUCUUCUUUUGGACUUUAGGGUUGGCACCAGGGAAGUCCAUAAUAAAUUGGAGAAAAACAGGUAUGUAGCUUUUGAAAAAAAAGAAUGCAAAAUGAUAACCGGUUUUGCAUGUAACCAGUGGACUGUUUGGGUCGGCUGGAGGUUAGACCAGGGUGGGGGCAUUCCAGCUGUUGUUCCAGGGGACACAGAGGUUUCCCAGGGAGGUCGGUUAUGGUAGGCGAGAUUCUCUGAUUUUUAAAAAGGGGAGGAAAUCAAUUCAGACACUGUGCCAAACCACUGGUUUCACUAACCAUAGUUCAGAACCCAAACAAUGGUUUGUUUGUUUUUCCAGAUGGGCAGCAGGCAAACCAGGGUACCAAAGCUGCCUGGCGCUGCUUUUGCUAUUCCACCUGCUCAGCAUUCCAGGUUGUAGCUGGUUUGUCAGUAGCAGUGCCACACCAAACCACCAUGAGCACACAAUAUGAUUUAUUAACAGUGGCUUUCUGCAAUUCUAGUUUGCUGUAUGAUUUCCAGGCAUGGUUUAAUCAUGUCACAUCCCAGGACAAACCACGGUUUGCAAACCCACUUUGAACCACGUUUUCUGGUGCUGGUUGCUGGCUUGUCAGUUUGGUCGUCACACCCAACCAUAAUUAUGAGGGGGGGGCAUGUGUUUCUGCAGAAUUUAGCAGGGAGGCAGGCAAAAUUAAAUACUGAAAGGUGGGAGUAGGCUAGUUUCUCACCAAAAUAAAUAAAAGUGCCUCAUAUCUCAGGCUCUACAAGUGCUCCUUUAAAAAACUAUUAAAACUGGAGAUUAUGGUUUGUUCUCAGAUGGUGGGAAACUGCCCCUUUCUCCCUCUGCGGAUGCCCAUUAAACACUGACUUCUUAUGUUUUUCAAAUUUUCAAGGAGAAAGCACUUGCUAAUGCACUUUUUUUUAUAUAUCUUACCUAGGUAAGACCUGUGGAGACAAAAGUAAUUUGUAUGGGUGAGGGUAUUUUGCAGUGCUAUUCUUCUAGAAAAAGAGGUGCCAGAACUCAUCAUGAACACCUUGUUCUCUUAUAAUGGCGCCCACCUGAGAGGUGCUGGAACUGAGUUCUGGCUGAAAAAAAGCCCUGGUGUUUUAUACCUGUUCUGGCACUGCAGUUUCACUGCACCGCACUGCGGGCCACUGGGUAGACCUGCUGUCCAGAGCAGGUACAAAAAUCUUAGUUGCUGUACACAUGCUAUCCCUUGGCCAGUCGCUCCCUGGAAUUGUUUAAACUUCGGUUUCCAGCAUCUGUCUGGUGGGUGCCAUGUUGGAAAAGCCUGCCUUAGGCUUGCGUCAAUGGGUUUCCUUGAUCCGCUGUGACUGUGCACCCUCCCACCUUGCUCAUAGUGUCCUUUGACCGAGGGGGUGACUUUGGGAUUUGUUUCUGUAGACGUGCCCAUUUGAAAGAAUGCUUUGAAACCCUUAAGCGGAACAUCCCCAACGUCGACGACAAGAAAACCUCAAACCUCAGCGUCCUAAGGAGUGCCUUGAGAUAUAUCCAGGUAGGGGCCAGAAAAAGAUAUGUGUAUGUAUGUGUGCUUAUUUCAUUUAUGGCUAGUUCUUUUCAUCUAUGCCUUCCUGAACCUUCAGAUUACCAUUGCAGGCUGUUCUCCACAUUUCCCCACCCAUUGAGGUGAGGCUGGGGAUUAUUAAGGACGGGGUCUUUUCUGUGGUGGCACCCUGAUUGUGCAUGGUUUUCACCAGUGAGGCCCACAUGGUGCCUUUGUUAGAAUCUUUUGGGCAUCAGGUGCCCAAUUCUCCCAGGCCUUUUAGGGCAUUUCAGUUCUUGGAAAUAUUUUAAUUCCUUCCUUCCUCCUCCUCAACCCCCCCCAGUCUCUGUGCUGGAUUUUGUCCUGAAAUUGCUGUUUUCCUUCAUCUUAUGCUGCUUUGUGAUAGUUUGGGGCUGGUUUAUGUGCUGGUUUAUGUGUUUUUGAUCUGGUUACACUUGUAUUACUGUUGGUGUUCCAAUCUUGGGGGGGGGGGGGUGUUGCUUUGCUUGUCCCUGCUCUUACAUGUGGGGAACAAACCACAAUUCCAGUUGUGAACACAAUGCUGAGCCAAGGCCUGUGAUUUAUGUCCUCGGGUGGCGCUGUGGGUUAAAGCACAGAGCCUAGGAUUUGCCAAUCAGAAGGUCGGCGGUUCGAAUCCCCGCGACGGGGUGAGCUCCCGUUGCUCGGUCCCUGCUCCUGCCCACCUAGCAGUUCGAAAGCAUGUCAAAGAGCAAGUAGAUAAAUAGGUAACACUCUGGCGGGAAGGUAAACAGUGUUUCUGUGUGCUGCUCUGGUUCGUCAGAAGCGGCUUAGUCAUGCUGGCCACAUGACCUGGAAGCUGUACGCUGGCUCCCUCGGCCAAUAAAGCGAGAUGAGUGCCGCAACCCCAGAGUCGGUCACAACUGGACCUAAUGGUCAGGGGUCUUACCCCCCACCCCACUCAAUAACGGAGAAGCAAAACAGCCCAGGUUGGCAUAUUUGCAGCAAACCAUUAACUGUGGUUUACCGUAAUGUGGAAACUGAGUCUCUGAGAUGCCUCUUAACUAUGGUUUAUCCAUUUAGACACUGCUAAACGGUAGAUGGUAUAAACCAUUGGUUUGCAAACCCUGCUUCAAACCAUUGCUGCUGAUCAAGAAAGAUGGUUUAAGCUUUCUUCACCAUCGUCUGGGGGUGAUGCCUAAAUUCUGCCACAUCUAUGCACAUCCAGACAUGCAUGUUUUUGUUAACGUUGCCAGGUUGCUGUUCUGCUUUCUGAUACAUUGAGUUGGAUUUAACCACGGACAAACCCACCGAGAGAUUCCGUGGUGGUGAAUCCUCCUAAAAGUUUGGGGUGUUGUUGUUUUUUUGCAGGGGGCAGUGUGUUUGGAGAGGGUAGGUGGCUGGUGGCUGAGUCUGUGCUGUGGUCUAGCUGAUGAAGUCCUGCGGGAAUGAGUCAGAGGGCAGACGAGGGUCCCAGCUCAUGCUUGAGGGAAAAAGCCGAGCAUUGGGAUUGUACUAUAGUAGGCAGCACUGUUGGUGUUGGGGAACAUGCCCAUUUCAUUCUUGGAGCAAGGAUAUGCAGUGCUCAUCUACUGCGGUGGUUCAUUGCAGCUUGUGCAUGGUCUUAGAAACUGCUGUCCAUGCCACCUGUCCUGGGAGAGCUGCUAGAGGUGACUGCAGGACCAGCAAGGUGUUUCCUGCCUCUCUGGCCAACUUCACGCUGUUGACAGCAUCUUCCUGUUUCUUGGGGGGUGGGCGGCUUCCUGUCUGCUUUGGUUUGGACGCUCCAUUUUCUAACUGGGAGCACAGGGAGCUGACGUGAGAACCUUCCUUCAAAAAUUGGGGGUUGUUUCCAUGCAGUUGCAGUUGCAGUUGCAGAUGGUAAGGCUGUGUUUUAUUCCACUUUCCGGGGCAGUAAUACUUCUGGAUUCCAGUUGCUAGAAACUCACAGGUGAGCAGAGUGCUGUUGUUGCUUGCAGGAUUUCUCUAGGCAUCCGGUUGGCUGCUAUCAGAACUGGAUGGGCCAUUGGCCUCAUCUGGCAGCUCUCUUCUUAUGUUCUUACGUAUUAGCAAAUGGAGAAACGUCUGGUUGGCAAGCAGGCAUCCUGCACUGUAGUGUUGGUGUGGGAGUGGACAUCCUAAAAGGAAGAUAUGGGAAUGACAUCUCUUCCAUUGGCCCAGCGUGGCAGCAAACAUUUGUGAACCCCAGAUGUUGUUGGGAGCCCCAAAUCCUAUCCAUCCUAGCCAGCAUGGCUGAUGGCCGAGGAUUAUUGGUGAUUAAUAUCUUUUGAGUUUUUAUAGACUUUACCUUUAUCACCUUUAAUACUUGGGAUAAAUGCCUUAAUCUGCUUUUGUUUUAAAUGAUUGGACAAUUUUUUUCUGGUCUUUCACCACUCUCCCAGUAUUUCUGUCUUACACAGGCGAGCAUAAAUUCUUAUUUGCUCGGACAGUGUAUUAUUUAGUUCAAAUAUCCUUUUUGUAUUUCCUUAUCUAUCGUGGUGGUUGGCUUCUUGACCAUUUGAGCCGCAAGAUCUUUAAGUUCUUCUUUCAACAGUUCCCCCCUCCCUUUAAUUCUUUAUUUUUAUACGACGGGUAUGCAGUUAUUUGACCACAGAUAAAUGCUUUAGAUGCUUCCCAUUCAACUAUUCAGGCAGAGGUUUAUGGGGGUUGUAGUCCAGCCACAUGUUCUGCUCUCACCAAAGGUUGACCUAAAAGAGAAGUUGCUGUGCUAGGUGGUCUUUUUCUUGCUGCGAUCCUGCAGGACUCUUCUCCCAUUGUGGGGUCAAGCAAGGGGGGCUACACUGCAGUAGAGGCAGACCAUUAUCGUUCUGGCUUGAUACCCAGCUGCUUCUAAUAACCAGGGGAAACUCCAGGUGGGAAGUGGAGGUCCAUAAAUGCCAAUGGAAAGCAGAGGAUGCAAUCUGUUCCUCUCCCUGUUGCACUAGGGAGCAGAACUCACAGUUUUGACGUCAUAGGCCUGGAUGCUGCAGGCAAUGCAAACCAGCACGUUCCAUGAAUGUAGAUUUCCAUCACUGGGCAACUGCCAGUCCCUCAUAGGGUUCUUUUAGACUAUGUGAAUCCCCUUGUGAAUGUAUAUUUUGGUCUCUCUCCCUGCCCCAGCUAGCUGGCUGUUCCAAAAUGUUGGUGCCGUCCUUUGCUGUGCUUGCAUCUCAUCCUCCUUUCCCAGCUGUGACAAUCAGCAUCUUACUAUUCCCCCAACGGCGACGGAGCUCUCUCUCUCUCUCUGCUGGAGAUGAGCAGCAGAGAAAAUUGGAGCCGGUGUCCUCAGAUGCCUAGCAGACGUAAUCCACGUGUUCAGCAAGCCAAAAUAUAAUCCUUGCAGCAGCAAAAGCCAUUUUCCAUUCCCCCCGCCUCCUCCAACCCCCUUUGCUUUUCCAUCAUCCAGUUUCGGCUCGUUUCCGCAUCGCAGGGGAUGAAGCCAAAUUCCUUGCGAUGUGCAGCCUCGUAAUUUUAGGUUGCGAGCCCCAAGUAUUCCUCAAGGAACUGGGGGCGGGGGACACACGACAAGAGCUUUGUUUGGGAGUUCAUCCGUUGGUCACGGAGAUAGCAAUCGCUAGUCAAAUCUUCUAGACAGCUACCGUUCCCUGUAGCUGAAGGGAGGGGCGGCCCCUUUCAGCACGGGUUUCUUCCUGCUGACUGGGCACUGGGCUUUGGAAAGAGAGGGGAAAAGGCAUCAGUUUCUGCAUGUGCUUUAGAGGGAAGUGAGGGGCAGAUGGGGCUCAUCCACCUGGAAAGGUAGCCCACCUAGGAGAAGGAAAACUCUGAUCCUAAACCUCCACUGCCUUACGGCGAUACUCAUUUGUGAGAAAGCCUUCGGGAGCAAACUCUGAGGAAAAACCCAUACCUUCUGUCUUGUGGGGAGAAGAAAAGGCUAAGGAAACCCUACACCAAUCUGAAGAGGAGUCCCUAAGACAGUUGGAUGGUACCUUGCACACCUCCUUCCAGCAAUUCCUGCAGCCAAGCCAGUGCCAAACAUACUGCUCUGCGUUCCUUUGGACCACGUCAGCGAGUCUGAGAGGGGUGUCUUGUUGUCUGGACAGCCCAGGACCUAUAUACGCACUGCCCAGGCUUGCACCCUGGAGAGGUCACUUUGCUGCUGCUAAUGCAGCAGAAACAACACGGGAGCAGUUAAUGUUUUACCGGUUUCUGCAGCCACAGCAGGUGCUGUGAUUCUCCGGCGGUUUGACUUCACCCCCAGAGGUGCACCCCAUUGUCUCUUGAGACAGAUGGAGGCCAAUCACAUGUGCACAGGCUGUGGUGCUGCUGGGUGAAUUCUGCUUUCUGAGAAUCCCGAGCUUUCCAUAGAGCUCCAAAAGUUUAACAGAAGGAUGACUGUGUUAGAUUAAUGGUGAUUCAUCAGCAGGCACUCUUAGCGGGAGAUGGUCUCUCAUGAUAGCAAGGAAUAUUUUCUCUCUCACUUUUGGAAUGUGCUACCCAUCAGAGCUUGGGGAAAAGGUGUGUCCUCAUUCUCAUGAUAUAGUCAGCAUGAGUGAACACACGUCUUGUACACAUUUGCUUGAUCAUGGGCGCUUUGCUCUUACACAUGUUUGUGCAGAGCUCCUUUUAGACUGGGAACUCUUUUUUCCAGGGUUUCCAGUUGCAGUUUAUUUAUUUAUUUUCCAAAAUUUAUAUUAAAUUUUCUGUUUUACAUUUUAGAAUAUUCAUUUAAACAACCUUAAAAUAUCAAUGACUUCAUUUCUCCUCUUUCCAUGGUUCAUUUUGCAUAACAUAAAUCCAGGCAUAUUCUGUAUAAAAUAAACCAUUCAGUAUUCCAUUACUACAUCCAUAAAAACUUAUUUACACUGUUGAAUUUAUCUUAAUGCUGCCCACGUUUUCAAAAAUACACAAUUUCCUCCCAUAUAUUCAUAAACAUUUUCCAAUUUUCUUUUAACAAAUGUUCUUCUUGUUCUCUUAUUCUAUAUGUUAGGUCCGCAAACUGCACAUAUCCCAUCAGUUUAAGUUGCCAUUCUUCCUUAGUUGGGACUUUGCUCGUUUUCCAUAUUUGGGCUAAUGAAACGCCAGUUGCAGUUUAGAGAUCUCUAGGCGCUCACAGUUGUAGACUUGGAAACAGCAGCUUGUUUGUGUGUUUGUGUGGUUCACUGGGAUCAGGACCCACAGGGAAAGGGUUUACCCCCCACCCCCAAUGUGCCCCAGUUCUAACUCAUCUCCUCCCAAUUCCACGGCUGUUGUUUUCAAGGUUUUAAAAAAUGUGUUAGAUGCCUAUAUAACUUUAACACAUUGUCUAGUUUGGCCCUCAGAAUUCCAAAGAGAUCGCUAAAGAAGAUUCCCCCAACAAUCAAAGGUAGCACUUCACUAACCUGCUACCCUUUAUCCCUUUUACAGCUAGCAAAACACCGAAGAACUUACGCAAAAUAAUACAAAAUAAAAGAUGCAAAAAGAGAGAGCGCUCAUGUGCAAACAUGCAAACUGCUUGGCUUUUCUGGAGAAGCGCUUUGAAUGUGCCUGGGCACAGUAGGCUUAGUUUUAUUUUUGUUUAGCGCCGCACCUGCACCAUCUCUACCUAAUGCCAAAAGCACAUCGUUGCUCUUUACGUGGUGUUAGGAGGACACCCCACAUUCUGUAAAGAAAAGCUAUCCCCAAAGCACAACUGAGUCAGGGGUUCCAAAACUGUGGCCUGCGACGUUCACUCAGGUGGUCCGUGGUGGGUCUGCGAGGAACAGCAGGAGCUGUCCACAAAAAUGGGUGCUGGUCCAUGGCAGCCCCCCUCCCCGUAGGUGAGCAGGAUGAACCAGGAGUGACCGGAGGAGGCAGAGACACUGGGAAGGAUUGGAGAGGAUCGGCGGCAAAGUUAAUGGGAGGCUAGAAUUAAGAUGUCAAAUGUUGAUUCAGUUAAAAAUCAUGCAGCAUUUAGCACAGUGCAUUGCAGUUGCCCAAACAGGCAGAAAUGUUACUGAGAGGGCCUUCAAAACUCUCAGGAAUUUUAAAGUAGAAGGUUUGGGAGCCACUGUACUAAGAUAAUCUUGGGGUGAAGGAUAAAAUGUUCCCGCUGCCUCUUGUUUUGUUUUGAGUUCUGGCUAAAUUGCUGCCCGCCUUGCCGUUUGGAGGUGCCCGUCUGAGAUUUCGCUAGCAUGUGAGCAGAGACGACCAAGUUCCAAGGCUGUUUGUGGGCUUCCUGGAAUCAUCUGGGCUGACCACUGCCGGAAACUUGUAUACAGGCAUUGGCAGACCUUUGGUCCGAUAACAGCUGGGCUCCUAACCAUGUGUGUGUGUGUGUGUGUGUGUGUGUGUGCGCGCGCGCAGAGAUGCGUAAAUGUUGGGAGAAGUCCAGCCAGCCAAGUUGAAGAUCAGGAACAAAAACCAGAUUCUCUGUGGACUGCAGGUGGGGUGUUUGUGUGUGCUUUUGUGCUUGGUCUUGCUCAUAGAAAACCAGCAUGGAAGCUCAUUCUUCCUGGCCUGCUAGUUUUCUUGUAUGCAAAGAGGUGCCCACCACCAGAAGGGAUCCGCCCCAGGAACGGACUCCCCCCCUCCCGCCCCGACGCAUUCUAAGACAGGUUUGUCAGCAAAAUCUUCUGAGUCAGAGUUUAGCAACUGGAAGCGAGGACUUUGGAUUUCUCUUUCUCCCUACGAAGGCGGGGUCCAGAGAGCAGGAGCACGGAAUACAGUUGCAUUUUCAAGAGCAAACCACAACCCACUUUUCCUCUUUUGCCCCUGUUAUAGUGAGACGGAGCCUCAGAGCUGGGGAAUUCAGCCAAAUGAUACCUCCCCUCUGUCCGUGGAAGAUCCAGCAGCAUGCAGCCACUGGUUCUCUCAUCCUACAUCUUUGCAUGUGUCAGCCUGAUAGAAGAACAUCUGGAGAGCCCUGCUGGAUGAGCCAUAUGGCCUAAUCUAGUCUAGCAUCCUGUCUCCACAGUGGUCAGCCAGAUGACCAAAGGGGACACCUGCGAGCAGGACCUUAGCACAACAGCAUUCUCCCUCUUGUGGUUUCCAGCAACUGGUAUUCAGAAGCGCACUGCCUCCAACGAUGGAGGUAGAACAGAGACAUCAGGGUUAGCGGCCAUGGGCAGCCUCAUUCUCCGACCCUCUUUUGAAGCCCAUUUGAGUGGGUGCCCUUCAGUGCCUCUGGCGGGAGCAGAUUCCAUAGUUUCAAUAUGCACUGUGAUGGCGUACUUUCUCUCUCGAGCCUCUCAGUCUGUGGUUAUGAACCUUUUGUGUGUGUGUGCGUGUGCCUGUCUGUGCCAAUUAGACGUGUGAUGUGGACUCCUUUUGACACUUGGAUAGAAGUGGCUGGACCACGUUGAGGGCAAGUUGCCCUGUUGUUCUCCCUGUGUCUCGUUCUCGCUGCGUUUUCAGUCGAAAUCUCCCCCCUGGGCCUCUUUUUUUACGAGCGCUUUAAACCUUUCCGUUUGCCAAGCUUUUUGCGAAAGGCCAGGCUGUCCCUCACUGUGAGUGCGUGUCAUAAAUAAAUACCACUGACUGCACCUGGUUGGGAAAAAUUCCCCCUCCCGGUUGCUUGGGUGUUCACUUUGCAAGCUUAACUCUGGUUCCUAGCAUCGGAACCGAGAAGACAGGGGCUUCUUUUACAUUUGGUUCUGUUGCCGUUUGUUGUGUACGCUGCGUCUGGGCCCAGGAGCCCCCCAAGACUGAUGUCCAAAGCCCCCCAAGGAGUGGGUGUGCAGCUUUGCACUCUCUCUCCCCUCCACCCUUUCCAGAAUUGGCGAUUAGGUGGUACCUGUGGCACUUUGCCAUGUGCUUCUCUGCAUGCGCUCAGGAUUCCGGGUUCUGAUCUAAGCUGCAUUCUGCUCUUGGAAAGGGAUGCGGAGAUGCCCAGAGAACGGGAGGUGCGUGUGCAUGUCAUCGUCCGUCCCCCCCCCCCCCGCCUUGCGGCCAAAGGUCACUGCAACUGUGUGGCUUCUCCCCACUGGUCUUCCUCCUCUGCUCCUCCUCUGCUCUGUUCCCGCCAGCUCGUCCACGUGUACAGAGAGCACAUGGCCGGCCCCAGCCGAGUGACGUCACCAGGGCUGCCCGCCCAGACAGGAAUGCGAGCUGGAACAAGCCAAGCGAGGUUACCCGUGCAGCUGCGGCCUGCAGGAAGGAGGGAGGGAGGGAGCAAUGCCUGCCUGUUCCCCUGGCCGAUGGGUGGGGUGCCUAGCCAGGGAUUGCAGCUUGUGCAACCAGCUGCUGCUGCCGCCGCUGCUGCUGUGUCUGGAUGCUGCCAGCAGCCUCCUGAUUUCCACCCCCUCCCUUUUCUUUUCAAUGCGCUUGCCUGGAAAACCGCAAACAGCAGGGAAGGUAGGAAGCUGCCUUCUACCGAGUCUGCAGAGCUCAGUAUGCCCUACGCUGGCUGGCAGCCGCUCUCCAGGGUAAUCAGGCGGGGGUUUUGCCCGGAGGGGAGAAGUAAGAACCACACCCAGGUUCCCUAAAAGCAGGCUUGCUCUUUUAAAAAAUAAAACACAAUCCGUCCCAGUUUCCUUGGAAUAGAGCAGGGAGUACAAUCCAGCUCCCAUGUUGACCUCUUAAUUCCAGCAUGGGGUUUUACAACCCACCUGUCUAAGGGUGCAGUUCAGUGCAUGUUUACUUCGGAGUAGGGCAUACUGAAUGGAAGGGGCUUACUCCCUUCCAGACGGGCAUGCGUAGUUAGGAGCAGUUUGCAAAACUCUCCGUGUGGGUUUGUAAAGUUUUGGUUCAGGCCCAUGGCCUUUUCUUCCCCUUCGAUUUCACCUUUUUUUAUACAGUGGUACCUCAGGUUACAUACACUUCAGGUUACAUACGCUUCAGGUUACAGACUCUGCUAACCCAGAAAUAGUGCUUCAGGUUAAGAACUUUGCUUCAGGAUAAGAACAGAAAUCGGGCUUUGGCGGCGCGGCAGCAGCAGGAGUCCCUAUUAGCUAAAGUGGUGCUUCAGGUUAAGAACAGUUUCAGCUUAAGUACGGACCUCCGGAAUGAAUUAAGUACUUAACCUGAGGUACCACUGUACAUAGAUAAGUCAGAGAACCAUUCCUCAUCCAAUAUAUUCCCCCUGCAAAACCCUUGGCUUCAUUUUUCUCCCCUUUCCUUCAUUUAUUCUCUCCUCCCGUCCAAAAAAAUUGCAAUAAAUCUUUUGAGAGCAACAAUUACCCUUUAUAUCCUCCAACUUUUCUCCAAGGUGCUGCAGGUGCUCUCCUAGUUCUCUGACUUGUCCCUGUCAGGUAGGCUAGGCUUGAGAGGCAAUGAUUGGACCAAAGAUCACUUAGUGAGGCUCGUGGCUGGAUUUGAACUCAGGUCUCCCAGGUCCUAGUCUUUCAGACUAACCGCUACUUAAAUCUUGUUGAAUGAACGCAUCAAUUAAGACGCACACGUCUUUUAAUUAAGACUGCUUUUCAGGCAAAAUGGUAUAAAAAAGCUGGCCUGCUUAUUUUCAACCCUAAACCACCACCAAAUAGUUGCUGUGGUUUAUACAUGUCUAGACGCUUUAGUCUGCGAUUUGGGGGCUCACUUCCCACCCCCUCGCACACUCGGGUCUUGGACUGUGCUUACUGAGUGGUGAAAAAAGAGCACUCCACGUAAGUCUGGGCUUUAAAACCAAAACCAUCUUCAUGUACAUACUCUCUCUGGGUUCAUUUCGGUGAACGAAGGUGGUGCUGGUUUUAUUUUAUCCCCGAUGUUUUAGUUAUUCUGAACCUAAAGUCUUGAGGAUUUGGAGAGCAAUAGACCAAGGAUGGGGAACAUCUGUAGGCCUCCAGAUGUUGUUGGACUCCAACUCCCAUCAGCCCCUGCCAGCCCGGCCAGAGUCAAGGGAUGAUGGGAGAUGGAGUCCAGGACUGGCCACAGGCCCCUCACCCCUGCAACAGAAGAAGUGAAAGGGGUGAGAUGGGAGUCGUUUUUGCUGUCAGUUAUACUUGUUCCUUUUUUGUAAAUCAAAUCCCACGUGCUCCAGUCUCUAGCUUUGCUUUGAAAGCUUAUACAGUGGUACCUCGGGUUAAGAACUUAAUUCGUUCCAGAGGUCCAUUCUUAACCUGAAACGGUUCUUAACCUGAGGCGCGCUUUCGCUAAUGGGGCCUCCUGCUGCCGCUGUGCCGCUGGCACGUAAUUUCCGUUCUUAUCCUGAGGCAAAGUUCUUAACCUGGAGCAACCAGUUCUUGGUUAGCGGAGUUUGUAACCCGAAGCGUCUGUAACCUGAGGUACCACUGUAUAAGGGCUUUUAUUACUUCCCUUCCUUGCCACACGUUUUAAUUUUGAAGGCUAUUGGAUUAUUUCUUUUAGCUAUAAUGGUAAGUAUAGCUCAUUAUACUAAUGACUCCCAACAACUGCAGUUGGGCAUGUGCGUAGGAACGAAAAUAAGUAAUAAAGCAACAGUAACAAUAUUGAUAGCAAUCGAAAAAGAUUUCUCUCUGAAAGGGAAGACUGGUGAUUACUACAGUGGAAACCUUUGCAAAAUCAUGUGGUUGAGCAGAAAUCUCUUGAUUGUGCAGUUUUAAGUACCCUACCCCCUUCCUCCCACCCCCAAGUGCCUGGGUGCAAUCAGUAGUGUGACCUGUACAAGCGUCUGCUGGUAAAUGGACUUUAUGCAGCCCUUGGAAUGUCUGCUAUGAGGAGUAUGAGCUUAGCUUGGUUAAUUUGCAAGAGGCAGCACACACUGCCCUGGGAGAGGGGGGGUGGGCAGAGGGGCUGUGCAAGGCACUGAAGUCAAAUCAAAAUAGUUUCUCGCCCCUCCCCUGUGUGUUUUCCCCCCUUUCUACACCUGAGUAGACAGUUUGCAGCUGGCAGACCGCAUAUUGCACCCAAAGCUUGUAGGUUCUUGUUAGAAUCCUAGCUUUGAGGGGUUUUUUUUGACCUUCUAGGCCUCAUUGCCCGAGAAAGAAUUUUGAAAACGUAGCAUCGUAUUGUUUCCACUGAGCCAUUGAAACUUGAACCGCAAUAGCGCGUUUCUACUCUUUUCCUCCCUUUCCCUUUCUUCUAAAAAAAAUCUGUGUCUAACAUCGCUGCUUUGUGCAUUACAUUGCUCCUACAUUACUCAGUACCUCAAUAUCUUAAGGACCGCCUCUCCCCAUACAAACUGACCCGGAUCCUGCACUUGUCAUCUGAGGCCCUUCUCUAUGUCCCCCCCUCCCAGAGAGGUUCGGAGGUGGCAACAAGAGAACAGGCCUUUUCUGUGGUGGCUCCCUGAUUGUGGCAUGCCUUUAGGCACCAGGCAAAAACAUGUCUUUAGGCACCAGGCAAAAACAUUACUCUUUGCCCAGGCCUAUGGCUGUUAAAUAGUCUAUGGCCUGUAAAAAUGUGGGGGAGAGGAGUAUUAUAAUGAGUAUUACGAUGAUUAUAGUAUUUUAUUAUUAGGCUGCCUGUCUAGAGUAUUUUCAGGAUUUCCCCAUCUACCCCACCUCUGCACUGAAGAAUUCUUUUGGCUUUUCAAUGUCACGAGGACUAAAAACUUUGUGGUCAUUGGAAGUCUCCGGAACCUAGGCAGUUUUUUGUUUUCUAUCCUUGUGUCGGCACCUUUUUAGCUUACGGUUGGUGACUGGGCAGCAGAAUUCUUGUCCCGUGAAAAGCUUUGUUCUAAGAACAGCUCUUUCAGCAAGGAGGGGGGAAAAGCUGAUUAAGGUCACAGGCAAAACCAAACGCCUGCUUUAAAUAGCUCGGUUACGGAAUAGGGAUCCUUCAUGAUCUUAAUAAUGAAUGUCUGUAUUCUAGGCCUUAUCUCCACAGUACAGUCAUACCUUGGGUUGAAGUAGCUUCAGGUUGAGUGUUUUCGGGUUGCGCUCCGUGGCGACCCGGAAGUAACGGAGUGCAUUACUUCCGGGUUUCGGCGCAUGCGCAGAUGCUCAAAAUGACGUGCGUGGAAGCAGUGAAUCGCGACCCCCGCAGACACGGGUUGCGUUCGCUUCAGGAUGCGAACUGGGCUACGGAACAAAUCCUGUUCGCAUCCAGAGGUACCACUGUACAUUUAAAGCACAGUUCUUUCACUUUAAACAGUCAUGGCUUCCCCCUAAGAAUUCUGGGGAAUGCUGAGAUUUGUUAGAAGACCCCUUUCCCCCCUCCCAGAGUUCCCUAGGGAGAGUUGAGGAGUUGAGUUUAUUUAAUUUGCAUUCCACUUAUCCAACGACAAUUAUUGCGCUCAAAACGGCUCGCAAUAAUCCCAAAUCAUAGUGUUAAAAGACAACAAACAUGGCCGUAACUUUAACAAUUAAUGCAAUUCAGUAAAGUCAGCUCAUAGUAUUUCCAGGAUACUUACUAAUUACAUAGAACACCAAAAAAAUGGAAUAGCUGUCGGUUAUCAAAUGCAUCCCGCCCCACCCCAGUACUGCCAUGAGUGGAAGCCUCAUUCACUGUACCUGAAUUAUAGACACCUACAUGAAACAAUACAUUUAAAAGCCAUUUUAAAUGGAUGGGCAUGGCCAUUGAGUUAGUGGUGGUUGUAGGAAAAGAAUUAUCUAGACCCAUUUCAGUCUGGCUUCAGACCUCAAUUCAAAACCUAAAGAGCCUUGAUGCCCUGGCUUGGUGACCUUUGCAUCACUUCUGCCCUUCCAUGUGCUUGGAAUCCAGUGCUGUGUAGAAUUCUUAUCGUAGAAUUGAAAGGGACACCAGGGGGUCAUCUAGUCCAACCCCCUGCAAUGCAGGAAUCUCAGCUAAAGCGUCCCAAGACAGUUGGCCAUCCAAGCUCUGCUUAAGAAACCUCCAAGGAAGGAGGAGAGUCCACAGCCUCCCAAGGGAGACUGUUAGUCAGAAUCUCCUUCCUUGUAACUUGAAACCAUUGGUUGAAGUCCUACCCUCCAGAGCAGGAGAAAACAAGCUGCUUCUGAAACCGCAGUUCCCAGGAUUCCCCUUUUUUGGGGGGGUGCUGAAGCCAGUGAGCGGUACCGGUUAGGGCAUGGGUAGGCAAACUAAGGCCCGGGGGCCGGAUCCUGCCCAAUCACCUUCUAAAUCCAGCCCGCGGACUGUCCGGGAACCAGCUUGUUUUUACAUGAGUAGAAUGUGUCCUUUUAUUUAAAAUGCAUCUCUGGGUUAUUUGUGGGGCAUAGGAAUUCGUUCAUUUCCCCCCAAAAAUAUAGUCCGCCCCCUAUAAGGUCUGAGGGACAGUGGACUGGCCCACUGCUGAAAAAGUUUGCUGAUCCCUGGACUAGGACCUGGGAGACCAGCGUUCAAAUUCGUACUCAGCCAUGAAGCUCACAGGGUGACCAUGAGCCAGUUGAAGUCUCUCAGCCUAAAACCAACCGCACGGGGUUGUCGUAAAGGGGGGCGGGGACUGUCUUCACCACUUUACAUGACCCCCUUGGAGGAAAGAUAUAAAAGAAAUCAACAAGUCCAGGGCUGUCUAAAGGGGCAUCACCGUGCUUUAAAUGUAUGGGGCGGCUGCGGCCCUGAUCGAAGGAAUAUUUGGAGGGCCAUAAGUAGCCCCCCCCACGGCCACUGAGCUCUGCAAGGGGAAAUGCUGAGACUAAAUGUGGGCGGGGGGGAGUGACAGCAUCAUCCUCUGGGCUGGCUGCAAGGAAGGAGACAGGCAGGUGGGUGAUGUUGCAUGUUGGAAGCAAUGAAGGCUGGUGCAGAGGCUCCCCAUUUCUCUCUCUCCACUUCUCGCGUAUCAGAAAACUCCGAUUCUAGACCAUACUCUAUGCUUUCCUGCCUUUUAACUGGCCGGCACACUUAAUAGCCCGGGAAAGUAGGUCAAGAGGACACUAGCAGUUUAGAUUUCCAUAAGCCUCUAAAGGGCGCCCUUGUGGACAUUUCGUGGCAGAAGGAGGAAGGAAGGAAGAGGAGGAGGUUCCCAUGCACUGUGGUGGUGCUGUGUUAGUGGUUUGCUGGGAAAGAGGUUUUGGAAAAUGGCCCGCCCCACCAGCAUGGCUGAAAGCAAAAGAGGGGAUUUUUUUGUCAGUAUAUAGCUUUGCCUGCCUUUCUCAAGAUGCACCCAAGCCACAUAUUUGGACAGUAGACGCCAUGGAAGUCAGUGGGGUGGAGUGGUUAGAGCGUCAGGCUAGAACCAAGAAGGGCCUGGUUUCGAAUUGCCACAAAGCUCACUGGGUGACUUGGGGCCAGUCAUUUAUCCCUUGGCUUGUGGUGAGGUUCAAGUGAGAAUGGGGGGCGGGGGGGGGGGGGAGAGUAUUUGUCCUGAGCUCCUUUGGGUGAAGGCUGGGAAAUCUGUGCAAUAAUUGAAUAACCACCCUAGAGAUGCAACAUUUCCAAAAAAAUUGAAGGUAUGUGGAAAUGUUUUCCCCCAGGAAAUAAUUUUUGGGGGAAAUUGAAAAAAUAAAAAUGCAUUAAGUACAUAUCAAAAGUCAUUUUGUUAUUCUAAGAACAUAAAAUGCAUGGUCUAUAACUUGGCUUACCGUAGAACGAUCAUUUCUGUUAUAUUUAAAGUCCAAUUUAUUCCGACAAUAGUUAAAAAUGGAAUUUAUUUUUAUUUACUUUAUUUUUCAAAAGUAGUUACCAGAUGUGGAAGUGUAUCCAACUGCUUUGGCCUCUCUCUGGUUUUGCCGGUUUGUGAGGAGCAGGCAAAAACCAGAAAGCAGAAACCAUCGACAUCCCUGCAACAGUUCCCCUUCUACACUUUCGGAAAUGAUUGUGGGGGAGCAAACAUAUCAUCAAACAUUUUGUUCAUCGUGGGGGGGGGGGACGGGACAAAAAACUUCUUAAUUAAAAAAAAAAUUCGUUUUUCAGGGGGAUUGGAAAGUUUAGUGGGGGGAGUUUUUUCCUUGGUUUUUUGGGGUGGGGCUUUAAAUCUCAAAGCAACCCCAAAAUUUAUCUCCCUUCCUGACUUUAAAAAACCCUAUGAGUGGUAUCUAAUACACUUGUUCCAUUGGGAUAAGGAAUUGCGCAACAGAACUCCCCAUUUCCUCUGCAUAAGUCCCGCACCCUCCCCGAAUCCUCUCUGGGGGUUUGGGGGAAUCCCUCAUAUCAGUUUUAGAGAGGGAGGAAGAGAGGAGAGAAUUCUUGUGCAAGCAUAAAUCGUUGUGCUAAGAGAACAAGUUACUUGAUGCUGCAUUGGCUACAACUAUUCAACUUGUAUUCUUUUUAGACUCUUGAUUAUUUAUGUGUUGUUGUUUUUUGUUUCCGUGUCCAUCUGUGUGCAUGAGGCUUCGCCCCGAGGAGCUUACAAUCUGAAGUGCGACCUGGGAAGCAGAGGGAGGAAUAAACGGGGGAAAGUACCAUGUGGUCAUUUUAAUAGCAAGCGCCACUAAAAAUGGGCCUGGGGGUUCUUUAUCCCUAUGUGGGCACAGAGGAGUAGACUUGCAGAGCCCACGAGCAUCACCUCGUCCAAGUGCGGGAACCUGUGGGCCUCUAGUUGUUGCUGAACUACAACUCCCAUCAUGCCCAGCAAGCAUGGCCAGUGGCCGGGGAUUAUGGGAGGUGUAGUUCAGUGACAUCAGGACGGCCAAAGGCCACACCUGACAUAGCAGGGGGACAUCUGGUCGGCCACUGUGGAGAAAAUGUCAGACUUUGGUCUGACCCAAGCAGGGCCCUUUUUAGCAUUUUUUUUAUAUAUAUAGAGGGAGCAGUAUGACAUCAUUGCUGAGGCAGCUUCAGAAAUGGAAUUCCUUUGCAGAUUUUCAUUUCGUUUUGUUAAAUCGCCAAAAGCUUUUGUUGACGGAUCGGCCAAUCAAAGCUUGUGACCUUUGGAGUGCAAGGAUCUUCCAUCUCCCUUAAGGUGCUGGUGUUAUUUUAAAGCUCUGGCAAAAUGCGGCACAAUUGAGGUCCGAUAAUAGAGAGAUAUAAGAGAGAGAGGAACUGGAAUAGGCCGUGGCAGGUUGCCAUGGAGAUCACAGUCCUGACACUUUCUCUGUCAUGGAAGCAUUUCCAAGUGUGCAUUUCCCCCCCGCCCUGGCCAGCCAAAUGCAUCAGCUACAAAUCUCUUCUAACUCUGCUAUGUUUAUAUUCCGUCAGUGUCUAGUGGAGGCGCAGGAUUUUUUCACUUGCUUUCGGGUGUCAGGUGUGCAGAGAAUAUCACCUACCUCCCCUUCUCAAAAGAGAAGAGAAAACUUCAAGCCUGCUGCUGUUUUGUUUACAUCCUCCUCUUUGACGGCGGUGAUAACCAAAAGUGCCAGCAGGCAAAACGAAAAAUAAAAUGCGAUAAGCAACAAUUACAGAUCAUUAAAAGAGAAUAACGAAGGGAUUGAUUGGAAAAAGCUGCUAGAGGCAGCGGCGCUACUUAACUAAGCCAGUUAAGAAACGCUUGAAAAUAUGUGGGCAUUGUUCAUGAGAAUUCUGAAACUGGGAGUGGCAGAAGGGAAGAGGAUUUCUGGUUGUUUUGAACCCAAAAUGCGCUGUGUGUGUGUGUGUGUGUGUGUGUGUGUGUCAGAGAUAGCAUUCUUCUUGGAAUCUUUGCUGCAGAAUAAUAUUUAAUAAAUAUGUACAUAUCUGGUGGUGUGUAUGUUCAGCUGCAGCCUAGAUCUCUACACACUGAUGUUGUGAUCCCUGCAUUGCAGCGGGUUGAACUAGAUGAGCUCUAAGGUCCUUUCCAGCUGUACGGUUCUGUGACGCGGCAGAAUGGGAUGAUCCGAUUGAGGCUGCAGAUAAAGGGGAAGGAAAUGGUGUUCCUACCCCACCCCCAGAGCUCUCUGCAAGUGGAAAACCUUUCUCCCUGGUGUGCUGGCUUUCUACUCUUGCACUUCUCAUGGGAGCAUAAAAAAAAAAGUACAGUGGUACCUCGGGUUACAUACGCUUCAGGUUACAUAUGCUUCAGGUUACAGACUCCACUAAUCCAGAAAUAGUGCUUCAGGUUAAGAACUUUGCUUCAGGAUGAGAACAUAAAUCGUGCUCCGGCGGCGCGGCAGCAGUGGGAGGCCCCAUUAGCUAAAGUGGUGCUUCAGGUUAAGAACAGUUUCAGGUUAAGAACAGACCUCCGGAACGAAUUAAGUACUUAACCAGAGGUACCACUGUACACGCAGCUCCCCAUUUAUGUGCAUUCAGUAUGUGUGCAGCCUCACACACACGCAUCACUGUGAACCCGGAAGCGGCAUGAAAAGCCCCCCAGGAGCACGGAAAUGGUGCAGAAACAGCGCCUAGCAAUCCCACAAACCUUUGCAAGUGCAGUCCCAGGAGCCCUUGCGCAGACCUCCACAUAAUUUAGGAGUUGCCUGUGAAAAAUCCACGGCUCGUAGCUUCACCUCCAGUCGGCCGUGUGAGCAGGUCCCAGUUUGCUCUUUCGUGGGGGUGUCUCAGAAGAGAACACACGACCUGUGGCUGGAGAGUCCAUCCUGCAAUCUUAGCUCAGAAAGGCCUGUGCAGUCCCACCCCCCAGCCGUUAAAACCUGCACCAGCCACCCCGGUGUUGUCUAGCCUGGGUUCCCCCAUCUCCCUCUUCUUUGCAUGCUAAUGACACCGUAGUGCAGAGAUUCCCCCCACCUACCCACCCCCCAAUCGUAUUUUCCAGUCUGUGGCUGGAGAAUCAAGGGAAGGCACCUCUCUGCCAUCGGCGCCACUGUCUGAAAGAGCCAGUUGCACGAAACGGUUGCUAUGGCAACUCUAGCUUUCGUUACCUAGGAGACCGGCAGGGUCCCCCCCCCUUUAUUUUACACAUGCAGAAUAUGGAAUGCACGAUAUGCGCCUCUUUGCAGGCGCUGGGGCUCGAUCCUGCAAUGUUCUUAUGGCGGUGUUGCAUUGUGGGACAUGGCAAUUCUAACCUGGGCUGCUGUGUUUUAUCUGUCUUUAUUUACUCGGGUACUGUGUUAUCAUUUUAUAUCUAUAGAUAGAUAGAUUAUUGUCUGCUUUCCUUUAUGUAUUGUAGCCCGCCUUGGGGUCUGUGUAGAUGGAGGGCAGGUCAUAAAUAUUUGAAAUAACUAGAUCAAAAUAUAUGGGGCUGGGAUUUGGAUGAUUUGACCUUAUUAGUGGUGGGCCAUUCCCCCCACCCCAGCAAUAGCCCUCGUAGUAUAAUUCCUUGCUCGAUUCCAAUAGCAACCUUUAUUUAUUUUGUUGACUUGCAGCUGAGUUUGUGUGCUCCGUGGCUGUGAUUUUUUCCUUCAUAAGCAGACGACUAGUCAUGUUGCUAGACCUUAUGAGGACUGUGGGAUGGUGAAACCUCAGCAAAUGAUGCAGGUUGUGUGUGUCAGUGUUAGAAUCUCAGAUAUAUAAGCUAGGCACCAAAUGGAUCCUUAAAUCAGGGUUUUUGUUGUUGGUUAGUUGUUUAGUCGUGUCUGACUCUUCAUGACCCCAUGGACCAGAGUACGCCAGGCACUCCUAUCUUCCACUGCCUCCCGCAGCUUGGUCAAACUCAUGUUUGUAGCUUUGAGAACACUGUCCAACCAUCUCGUCCUCUGUUGUCCCCUUCUCCUUGUGCCCUCCAUCUUUCCCAACAUCAGGGUCUUAUCCAGGGAGUCUUCUCUUCUCAUGAGGUGGCCAAAGUAUUGGAGCCUCAGCUUCAGGAUCUGUCCUUCCAGUGAGCACUCAGGGCUGAUUUCCUUCAGAAUAGAUCGGUUUGAUCUUCUUGCAGUCCAUGGGACUCUCAAGAGUCUCCUCCAGCACCAUAAUUCAAAAGCAUCAAUUCUUCAGCGAUCAGCUUACUUUAUGGUCCAGCUCUCACUUCCAUACAUUAAAAUCAGGAAAAUCAGGGUUACAGUCACCAAAAUAGAAUGCCUAGUUGCCAUUUUUGGGCCAGGCGACUCAAAAUUCAUAUUUGUAAUAUGACCUUUUGGUUCCUGAAAUUCAUUCUGAUUGUGCAGAUUAUAAUGGAUAGAGUUCUACAGGAUGUGGUAGUAUUCAAGAUCCCAAGGAUCCCCGAACAUGCACCUCCAGAGACAUCAGGUGCCAGGAUGGCACCCAGCAUUUUCACUUGGUUGUAAAAUACGCCUGGUGGAUUUUGAACACGGGUGUGGGUGGGUGUCAGGGAGAAAGAGGGAGAAAUCUGACCAGAUGUCUUGUUGCAGUUUACAGAGAGAAUAAAACAAGAAAAGCAUCAGCAAAAAAACUGUUAAAAACAACUACAGUGGUACCUCAGGUUACAUAUGCUUCAGGUUACAUACGCUUCAGGUUACAGACUCCGCUAACCCAAGAAUAGUACCUUGGGUUAAGAACUUUGCUUCAGGAUGAGAACAGAAAUCAUGCUCUAUCGGCGCGGCGGCAGCAGGAGGCCCCAUUAUCUAAAGUGGUGCUUCAGGUUAAGAACAGUUUCAGGUUAAGAACGGACCUCCAGAACGAAUUAAGAACUUAACCUGAGGUACCACUGUAUUUACAACAUUCAAAAAAGUUAAAAGCAAUAAACUAAACACAGAUUAAAACAUACAUCAGCAUUCUACAUGUCUGGGUGGGCUUGUCUAAUCAAAAAUGUUUUUAACAGGAACCAAAGACUACAGUGAAAGUGCCCACUUCAAUAGGUGGGGAGUUCCAAAGUAUAUAGGUGCUGGAACACUAAAAGAUUGAGUUCUUACAAAAGUAGAACAGGUAUUCUGUGGCAUCUGUAACGGUUCUAGUUCUGGUCGAGUGGGCAUAAUGUGAAGUAAGGCGAUCUUGCGGGUAAACUGGUCCCAAUAUGGCUGUGUGAUGUGUUUCCCCCUGAGGUGCUGAUUUUCUAUCUGCAGAGAGGUCUUUAUUUUCAAGCGAAUGGAUUCUUCUCGGUUACUGCCUGUAGCCUGAGAUGACACUGCCCUUUUAUUCGGCCACCUUGGCCUCUGCAGCCCAUGGAACGAUUCACUGGCUCGCGCCACAUGCUUCUACUCGAACGCUUAUGAGCAAAUUGCUGCUCCUUUUCUCCUCUUAAAUAAGGCCUAUUUUUUUAACCUCCCAUUUGCAAAUUGCACAGCGCAGCACUCUUCCAGAGGCGAGGCGCAGAGAGAAAUUGCCCCCGGAGCUUUGUUUUCUUUACUCGGAUGCAAGAACGAGCGACUUAAUUACAGUCGGCUGUAAAAUCUGGGAAAUAUUUGUACAGCGACAAAUGUAGGCUGCUGUGUCCUAAAUGCGGGCACGCGGUAGAGUAGUGACAGGGCGGGCCUUGCCUCAAAUGCGCUGCUUGCAAGGGCGUUUAAACAAAGCGAGUCUUUCCAGGCGUCUGGUACUUUUAAACACACUCCUUGUGCGUCAAGGCCCCGGGUUCAAAUCCUUACUCGGCCCAUAAAACUCACUGGGUGACCUUGGGGAUGAUAGUCACUGUCUCAGCUUCACCUACCUCGCAGAGGUGCUGUGAAUAUUUAUUUAUAUUUCAUAAAGUUUAUACAGUGCUUGGUCGUUUUUAAAAAAAUUAAAAAUCCCCAAAGCAAUUUACAAAAGAUAAAGUAGUAAAAUUAAUAAGAGUUCACAACCAUACCUUAAGACACACGAAAGUUAUUUUUUUAAAAAAUGGUUUGAAAUUUCCUCCGUUUUCUAAGCACCUGGGUAGGUUUGUCUGAAACAGGAAUGUUUUUAGCAGAGUACAUUGAAGGCACCUGCUUGAUCUCAACAGGCAGGGAGUUCCAUAUUUUGGCAUUGCCAAAUUAAAUAAUCAAAUUCUCACAGAUGUGGAAUGGGUGUUAAUGUGGCACCUACCAUUACAUACACUUCAGGUUACACACUCCGCUAACCUAGAAAGAGUGCUUCAGGUUAAGAACUUUGCUUCAGGAUGAGAACAGAAAUCGUGCUCCGGCGGCGCGGUGGCAGCAGGAGACCCCAUUAGCUAAAGUGGUGCUUCAGGUUAAGAACAGUUUCAGGUUAAGAACGUACUUAACCUGAGGUACCCCUGUACCAGUUUUGCCAAUUAACGUGGCCAAAUGGGGACAUGAGGGGUAAGGCGAUCUCAUAGGUCAAUUGGUCCCAAGUUGUCAGGGGCUUUAUAUCUAGCAACACCUUGAACUUGGCCCAGUAGUAAAUCGGCAACCUGCACAGAUUUCUGAGCACAGGCGUUAUCUGCUGAUGAGGCCUCCCUCCUGUCAGCAAUCGUGCUGCAGCAUUCUGUGCUAACUGCAGCUUCCAGGUCAAGCGUGAGGGAAGCCCCACAUAGAGCGCAUUGCAGUAAUCCAGAUUAAAGUGGGGGGGAGGGGAAGAACCAUCUAGGUCUGCCUUUGGCAAGCUGGUCCUCUGCACCUGUUUUUGGACUACAAGUCCCAUCGGCUCCAGCUGUUUGAUGCUGAUGGGAGUUGUAUUCCCCCCCCCCAAAAAAAGCUGGUGGGCACCGGGUUGGCGAAGGCUGACUCGUGUCACCUUGAGCUCCUUUGGAGGAAAGGUGGGGUGACAAUGUAAUAAAUAACUAGGGAGCUGGUGUGGUGUAGCUGUUAGGGUGCCAUCAGCAUAUAAUCUGAGAGAGCAGGGUUCGAAACCCCACUCAGCCAGGAAGCUCACUCACCUUCAGCCUAGUCACUGCCUCUCAGUCGAACCUGCUUCACAGGGUUGUCGCAAAGAUUAAAUGAGUGGUACAACCAUGUACACCAUGCAUUUAAAGUACUAUAAUACAGCUUUAAACAGCCAUGGCUUCCCCUGAAGGGUUCUGGGAGCUGUAGUUUGUUGAGGAUGCUGGCAUUUGUUAGGAGUCCCCUAUUUCCCACCCAGAGCGAGGGAUUGCUAAACCGCUCUGGGAAUUGUAGCUCUUGUAGGGACUUGGGGGUCUCCUAAGAAAUCUGAGCAUCCAGCAGUGUUCGAAACUCCCAUGCUUCUAGGCGCAUUUUGUGACACGGAAUUUCAUUAAUGUGAGCCGUUUCUGAGCUCUGGGCGUAAUGCUGCACCUAAGAUUUCAGAUUAAAACUGCAGAGUGGAAGGAAAGGAGGACUUUUUUCUGCCUCCCCACUUCCAGCUACUCUCUGUAGACUGGAGAACAGACCCUCUUAAGAAUAUUAGGGGGGUGGGCAGAGGAAGGACUAGACCAUGUGAAAAAUGAACAUAAUAUUUUAGCUGCAGUUCGUUCCUUUUCAGCUUCCGUAUUCUUGUUAUAUAUUUAAAAAGUGUGCCUAGACUUGCUGCGCCCAUAACCUAGGUCUCCGGUGCCAUUGAGCUCCUAGCUUUCAUAUCUCUGUUUCUCACGCUGGCUCCUAGGAUUCAUUUGGGUGUGUGGGUAGGGGGAAACCAUGACUCACAAAUCCAGAGAUUUCCCCACCCACAGAGGCUGGCCUAGGCGCCACCAUAUGCCAGAGAGGAAUCCCAACCCCUCUCUCGCUGCUGCUGCUGCCUCCUCCUCCACCUCCUCUGUCUCCUGACAGAUGGUAACUGAGGCAUAAAUGGUGCCCCUGAAUUGAUCAUUGUUCAGGGAGGGGGUUCAUUAUUUAUCACAUUUCGCUCCUGCUUUUCCUCCCAAAGGAGCCCGAGGCGGCAAAGGCACAAAAAGAGAAAGCGUUUAAAUCGGAUAAAUGCAAUUCCAACAUGUAGUAUUAUUAUUCCUGGUGCCAAAUGUUUUGCUCUGCUUUCCUUUGGACAACGUCAGUGAGUCUUGGCGUCUGGGCACCACAGAGAAGAGGCGCACUCCAUUGUCUCUUGAGACAGACGGGUGCUGCCACCACCACCACCACCAACCGUUAGCUUUUUCUCCUAGGGGCUUGAGGUGGCUUAAGCGCACCCCCCUCCAUUAAACCACCCACAACAACCCUGUGAGGUAGGUUAGGCUGAGAAGGCAGUGAACGGCCCCAAGGUCACACAAUACGAGCUUCAUUGGCUGAGUGGGGAUUCGAACCCAGGUCAAAGGGCAGCACCCUAACCACCACACCACGCUAACACUUGGACUUCAUCAGUAGCUUACUUGCCAUGAUGCCUAAACAGAGCUUCCAUGAUCAGAGGAUGAAGACCUGCCACUGGAUGGCAGCUAACAGAUUGAGGUUGAAUCCUGACAAGACAGAAGUACUGUUUUGGGGGGACAGGAGGCGGGCAGGUGUGGAGGAUUCCCUGGUCCUGAAUGGGGUAACUGUGCCCCUGAAGGACCAGGUGCGCAGCCUGGGAGUCAUUCUAGACUCACAACUGUCCAUGGAGGCGCAGGUCAAUUCUGUGUCUACCAGCUCCAUCUGGUACGCAGGCUGAGACCCUAACUGCCCGCAGACUGCCUCACCAGAGUGGUGCAUGCUCUGGUUAUCUCUCGCUUGGAUACUGCAAUGCGCUCUAUGUGGGGCUACCUUUGAAGGUGACCCGGAAACUACAACUAAUCCAGAAUGCGGCCGCUAGACUGGUGACUGGGAGUGGCCGCCAAGACCAUAUAACACCGGUCUUGAAAGACCUACACUGGCUCCCAGUACGUUUCCGAGCACAAUUCAAAGUGUUGGUGCUGACCGUUAAAGCCCUAAACGGCCUGGGCCAGUAUACCUGAAGGAGUGUCUCCAUCUCCAUCGUUCUGCCCGGACACUGAGGUCCGAGAAGCCAAGAUACAGGGAACCAGGCAGAGGGCCUUCUUGGUAGUGGCACCCGCCCUGUGGAACGCCCUCCCAUCAGAUGUCAAAGAGAAAAACAACUACCAGACUUUUAGAAGAGAUCUGAAGGCAGCCCUGUUUAGGGAAGCUUUUAAUGUUUAAUAGGUUAUUGUGUUUUAGUCUUCUGUUGCAAGCCGCCCAGAGUGGCUGGGGAAACCCAGCCAGAUGAGCAGGGUAUAAAUAAUAAAUUAUUAUUAUUAUUAUUAUUAUUAUUAUUAUUAUUAUUAUUAUUUUAUUUGUUUAUUUAUUAAUGCACAAGGAUAGGUUUUCUCCACCCAAUCUGCUUUCUUGAAGCAGCCCUGCAGUCAGUACAAUGGAAGCAGAAUGCAGACUUGCACUCGGAUCCAGCAAUGUCAAAGUCUCAGCCUUCCACCUCUGCAGCUGCCUUACCUGCAAGUCGCCCCAUCCUCUCCUCUUCCUGCAGAACUUUGGGCUGAUCAGCAUUACUCCAUUGGGCGUACCUUCUUGUAGGGCCAGCUGGUGGGGGAGUGUUGCGGAGGCCACCAGAGGUUCUGGUACUGGCCACACUGGCUGGGGCUAAUGGAAAUGGUGACCCCGGCAACCUGAGGGGUCCACAUUGGCUACCCCUGAUAUUGCUGAGACACACUAUUCAUUUAAAGCAGACAUAGGCAAACUCGGCCCUCCAGAUGUUUUGGGACUACAACUCCCACCAUCCCUAGCUAACAGGACCAGUGCUCAGGGAUGAUGGGAGUUGUAGUCCCAAAACAUUUGGAGGGCCGAGUUUGCCUCUGCCUGAUUUAAAGCACAUGGCUCCUCCUAUGGAAUCCUGGGGGGCUGUAGUUUCUUUGGCUUCUGGAAACUGGACCUGUGCAAAGGGCAGACUACAGUUCCCAGGAUUCUUUGGGGGAAGCCAUGUGCUUUGGAAGUCUGGUGGCCCAGCUGCUUUGCUUCCCUUGGAGAGGAGCAGUGGAUCUCCUCCACAAGCCACUGGUUGGUUCAUUUCAACCUCCUCCUCCUUCCCAGUGUUGGUGUAGGGCCAAACAUCAGGGCCAUUGCCAAACUCCAGCCACCACCAUGCAUGCCACACUAGUCGAGGGGCUGAGGGGAAUUGGCUGCCCUAACAUCUGGAGGGGCCACAGAUAUCGCCCACUCUGGCACGCAGGGGAAAUCACACAGAUAUUUUUUUGGGGGGGGGGGGAGGUCUGUAAGAUACCCAUGUGUUCAGCAGCAACCCCACCCACCCACCCAUGAAUCAAGUGUGCAAAAUAUGCUCCCAAGCGUGCUCUAGCUGGUCUUUCUUGGCACAAUUGAGGCCAGUAGCAGAAUUGUGGAAACGAAAAGGAAACAUUUCUUCUUCUUUUUUAACCUCGCUGCCCACCUGCUGGAAGAGCAAGCAAAAAAUGGUCACGAUUUAACCGGCUCAGCUUUGGAAUUCCAGCACAGAAUUCCAUCAGGAUCCUUGUUGAUGCUAAUUUUGUGUGUGUGUGCGCGUGCGUGUGUGUGUGUGCGCACAAACUCACACACACAUAUCUCCCUCAUUUAUUCGGUGAAAGCAGGCUUUUCCCACCCACCUGUGUCCCACCCACCUGCAAGCGACACAGAAUCGGGGUGCCGGUCAUUUGGGCCGGGACCAGCUCUUUGGGGCCGUGUUAUCAAAGAGAAAACAAAAUGAAAACAGCUGAGGUUCAAAAUGCAGUUGAGAGAUGUGGCUACCCAAGCAACGGCCAAGUCUCCCAGAACCGGAGCCUGUAGGUGCGUUGUUGCUAUAGCAACCCAAUCCCAUGUGACAGCUUGCCUCGUGGUGUAUCCCCCCCCCCGUGUGUUUGCUGUUUUGUUUUUUAAAAAAAACUAAAAAUUGCCACCGUUCUCAUGACAAAUGCUUGAUGGGAUUCUUCCCUCCAGGGAAGUGCUGCACUUAGCAAACACCUGAUGUGUUUUGUGUGUGUCUGAACUGCUGAUGAAGAGUUCUGGGGGACUCUAAAGCCUGCUCACGGUUUUGUCACACUUUGGUAGCAGACUUUAUAAAGGUGUUGUCGCCGUACUGUGUAUUUUGGAUUCCCUCCCGUUCGAGACAGCGUAGCUGUUAUUGUCAUAAAUAUUCCUCCAGGGGUUAUCCAAGAGAGAGUGUGCCUGGCUCAGCGUUUGAAAUUCACCAGGUGCAUUUUGCACCUGGCUAUGGCCACUUGUGACCAGGUGAAGAUGCCCAGGCGCCAGGAUAACUCCUGACAUCUCCACCAUCUGGAGGUGCAUCCCUGAGGAUCCGUGGAUCUCGACUGUUUUCGCACACUUAAUGCCACAUCCUGUCGAAUUCUUUCCAUUCUAUUUCAUCUGCUCAAUUGGAACGAAUCUCAGAAACCAAAAAGUUGGUAUUGAAGAAAGCGAUCCCCUUUGUCCACAAGACUAUUAAACCCCCUUGAGUCAAAAUGCUGGACCUGUAAAGGGACCCCUGACCAUUAGGUCCAGUCAUGGCAGACUCUGGGGUUGCGGCGCUCAUCUCGCUUUAUUGGCUGAGGGAGCCGGCGUACAGCUUCUGGGUCAUGCGGCCAGCAUGACUAAGCCGCUUCUGGCGAACCAGAGCAGCACACAGAAACGUGGUUUACCUUCCCGCUGGAGCGGUACCUAUUUAUCUACUUGCACUUUGACGUUCUUUUGAAGUGCUAGGUUGGCAGGAGCUGGGACCGAACAACAGGAGCUCACCCCGUCGCAGGGAUUCGAACCGCCGACCUUCUGAUCAGCAAGCCCUAGGCUCUGUGGUUUAGACCACAUCGCCACCCGCGUCCCUGCUGGGCCUGUAAUACCCAUUAAAAGUGGCAUUUGCCGCCGCACUGUGCCAACCACAAUCUGGGAAUGUCACCGUGCCUGGAGUGUUCCCCUCCACCCCCCAACCCCCCCUCUUCCCCUGCCUUUUGACCCACUUUCCCUAUUUGUCAGACUAAUAGAAAUGAGAGGCGGGGGGUUAGGAAGGUUUAGGCUCCGAUAAAGAGUUUUGCAAGCCGCUGGUACCAGGAUAAAGAUUAAGCUGCCGUCUGCAGCCGCCAGGAGGAGGAGGCUCUCCGCAGAUAGUCCCCCACAUGGUUUCCCCGGGGGAAGGAGGAGGCCUCAGCUGACUCGAACCUUUGUCUUUCCUUAGAGAGAGCAGGAGAGGGGGGAGUCAUGGGGGGGCGAAGCUUCCUAAGUCUGGCUGCUUUGAGGAUUCCACCAGUUGCGGACCCGGCUCAGCCACCCUGUCCUGCUACGGCACGUACGUGUUUGCCGUGUCCGUCGUUUCCUUUAGGGAGCUUUCCGGAUCAGCCAAGCCGGAAAGGGAACCUUGGCAGGGAGGCUGCUUCACUCGGAUCCUGGGAACGUCUGCAUGCAAAGUGUGUGCUGCCCCGGCUGAGCUGCUGCGAGGUCCUGGGUUCAAUCUCUGCCACCUCCCGGCAUUUUAGUAUAAUAUAUAUAUAUAUCCCUGGCAUCCUGGGGACACAUAAUGAGACCAGGGGUGGGGACUGAGGGCCGUACUCUUCUCUGCGCAAGCAUCCAGGAGCCAAGUGGCAAUAUUGGGUGGAACAGCAAAUGCACCUUGUGCCUCAGAAGAGCACAGUGGGUAAAAGUGGCUGUAGGUGGGGAUCCAGAGUCUCUGAGUUUGAAUCCCCAGUUGUGCUUUUGGAGAGCCACUGUGGUGCAAUGGUUAGAGCAGGGGUCAGCAAACUUUUUCAGCAAGAGGCUGGUCCACUGUCCCUCAGACCUUGGGGGAGGCUGGACUGUAUUUUUUUUGUGGGGGGGCGGGGGGAGAACGAAUUCCUAUGCCCCACAAAUAGUCCAUAGAUGCAUUUUAAAUAAAAGCACAUAUUCUACUCAUGUAAAAACAGCAGGCAGGCCCCACAAAUAACCCAGAGAUGCAUUUUAAAUAAAAGCACACACAUUCUACUCGUGUAAAAACAUGCUGAUUCCCGGACUGUCCGCGGGCUGGAUUUAGAAGGCGAUUGGGCCAGAUCUGGCCCCCGGGCCUUACUUUGCCUACCCAUGGGUUAGAGUGUUGGGCUAGGACCUUGGGCCAGCCAGUGUCUCUCAGCCUGGCCUGCCUCACAGGGGUGUUGUGAGGAUGAAGCAAGGUUGGGAAGAGCCACGUGCACCAUUGCUAGCCUGCAAAAUACAGUGGUACCUCCGUUUACGAACUUAAUUCGUUCCGGAGCUCUGUUCUUAACCCAAAACCAUUCUUAACCGGAGGCGUUCUUUUGCUAAUGGGACCUACCGCUGCCACCGCGCGACUUCCACUCACAUCCCGGGGCAAAGUUUGCUAGCCGGAACACCUACUUCCGGCUUAGCGGAUCUCGUUACCCGAAGCGUUCGUUAGGAGGACGGUUUGUAACCCGAGGUUCCACUGUAUUGCACUGCUCUGCUCAAGCCAGGUGGAGAACAUUCAUCCUGCAAUUUGGCCUGCAAGGCCAUUCCCCUAGAACCCAUAUAGGGAGAGGGACAUGGUUCUCUCCUGCUGGGGUCUGUAUCACAGAAUCAUAGAAUUGUAGAGCUGGAAGGGAUCUUGAGGAUCAUCUAGUCUGACCCCCUGCAAUGCAGGACUAUGCAGCCGUCCCAUAUGGGGAUUGAUCCUGCGACCUUGGUGUUCAUCUGCACCACGCUCUAACCAGUUGAGCUAUCCAGUAUUGCCAGCACAACCCCUGAAAGGAAUGCACUGGCAAAGCAGACCCCUGCAGAGAGAGCAGGAUUGAAGUCUCCGCUCGUCAGCUGGUGGGUGGAGAGUCCAAUCCUGCCCGGUGCUGCUUUGCCAGCGCAUUUCUCAAUUGGUCCUGGUAAAGCAGACCCCUCUACCCCCACUCAGUGGUUCACCUUCCCACCCAUCGGUCACAUUGAUGUCAUGCAACGCUUUGCAAGCCCCAACAACCGGCUGCUUGUCUGGGGCCUGCAAAGCACUUUCCCCGCUUUGAUUCCAAACCAUUCAGGCACAGGCGGCUCCAGCCAAUGCUGUAUCCAGUUCCCCGCCACUGACCCACUGAGGAUCAGCCGUCGAGAGCGGAGGAGAGUUUCCUGGACCAACAGUGCUCAGUGUUCUGCUCGCUGGGCGUUGCUAAGCUUGUGCACAGCCCUCGUGGGCAGGCAACCCUCUCUCGGAUUUGGCGGCGGAAUCAAUGUGCCGGUUGGAGUCUGCUGUGUGAGGAGGGCAGCUGUGGGGAAACAGCACGUGGUCAAGUUGUUUUUCCCAGGAGGGAGAGGGGCGAGGCUGAGGCUGGUGACAGAGUUUAGCUGGAGGGAAGGCCGGGGUUGCUGACUCUCUUCCUGUGGGGCGUCUGUCCCAGAGCCUCCUGGGAAUGCAUGACUCAGCAAAAACCAGGAUCAGGGGCCUGUCCAUCGGCAGAGUGUAAAAGGGGAGAUUGCUUGAAUUUGGGGGUCAUUCAGGAUGACGGGCAAUUAAAGCUAAAAGUCCACUUUCCCAGCACUUUGCAGACACUGGCAGGAAAGUGUUGGGGGUUUUUUAGGUGUGUGUUUUGAAAGCAUCUUUCUCGCUCUUGCUAAUUGUGUACCGCUGCCGUUCCCUCGCGAGGGUUUUCUGCACAAUGCCUGUAGGCUUAGAUUUCGUGAAGUGUUUUUUUUUAAAAGCAUCUUUGCAACACUGUGAGAGGACACCACCCCAAGGUAGUGGGGAAAACCCUCUUCUUCAGCCUGCUAUUGCAAAGCCAGUCCAUGCGUGUGCCCUGAUCCGGUGCAGCAAAGGGUAUAGCGUUGUGUGCUCUCGGUAAACAAGCCAAGUUGUAAGUGCCGCCAUCCCUGUCCAAUCUGUUCCUCCCUCCCUUCAAGGGCCCAGUUCUUACUGAGGCUGCAAGCCACAUGUGUCUUGGCUUGUAUCGCCUCAGCCUACGGGGAGCAUGCUGGAACGCUUCUUCCCCCUAUGCAAAAUAAGAAAAAUAAAAUCCCUUCAAGUAGAAGGCAAGCAUCCCAGAGAAUGUGCGUGCAUCCAUUUCCCUGACAUGCUGGCUUUCUUCAUGCAAGGAUAUUUGUAUAAUGUUUGUGUGUACAGGAGCAUUCGGUCAAGCGAGCAGAGUCUGAAAAAAGCACAAUCCAAAUUUGCAGGUUGGAUAGUUAGAGUGAGGGCUGGGCCAGUAUUGAAUCUACCCUGCACCAAUUUGAUUCACAAAUAAAAACCUCCUUUAAUUCUUUCUCCCUGCCCCCCUUGUUUCCCAACCAUAUGGACAGUUUCUGUUUUCAAAUUGCCUUUGUUCAGAUGCUCAGGAAAGUGGGGAGGGGGAACUUGCACACAAACACAUUCUGUCUUUUCAUUUUGGGGGUGCUUGUCCAGAAGGCGCUGAGCUCCCUUUCACUGGAUGUGCCAUAGCAGAGUCUGGACUGCACCCUGCAUGAAACGGGUUGAGCUAGAUGACCUCUGGGAUCCUUCCCAGCUCUGAGAAACCCUGGCAGUACAGCAUUAACAAUGGGAGGAAGGGAGGAGGGGACACCAAUGGCCUGACUCUGCACCAGGAAGCUACCCACAGACACCUUCAACACUUAUUUUUUGGAAGCGGUUUUAUUAUUGUUUUCAAAUAACAUGAGUUUGCUCUUCCCCCCAAAUGGGGAGCGCGAAGGGUGCAAGAGAGGGGCUCGAAGUCUGGUUCCCCUUCCCGCAAACCUCCCCACAGUAUAAACGUGCCUCCCACUUCAUGAGCCCGGCUCCUGGAGUUGCCGCUUAGACCGCAGUGGCGGAGAAGCAGAAUCUGGUCACGUGCAACUAGAGGUCUGAUCUCAUCCUUUUCUGGCUUCUUUGCCCAGCAGCGCCGCCAAUCCCUUCCCCUCCGCCACCUUCCAGUGCCGUGGCUGCCAGAGAGAACCCCACGCAGCCCUUCCAAAGCGAGGCUUUCCUGCUUUUAGGAUUUGCCUCCUUGAUCUUUCUGUGCUUUACAGGGUGCAGGUUUGAGCUGGGGGAAAUGCUGCGUUCUCAGUGUGUGAAGAGCGUUGCUUUGCAGAGGGAGAAUUCAGAGGGAUGCCCCAAGAUGGAGGGGGAAUCUGGGAACAGCCUCCCAAAAGCAUCCCUGAGAGCUAGGAAGUGGUACUGUAUUUAUCUUUCUCCCACCCCAAUUAUCAGCUAAUUGUGUGUCAUUGGGACGAUUAGGCAUCCUUUGUUGUGCCUUUGUGCUAAAACACACUGGCUUGGAUCCAAAGUUUGUCUCGUGCUCAGCGGGUCUGUUGAUUUCAGCGGGUCUGUUCUGUGUAUAAAUUGUGUCUUUAUUUAGUUCCAUUGCUUUCAGUGGCUCUCCUGCAUCCCUUCUCACUUUGUUCUCACAACAACCCUGCGAGGUAGAGAAGUCUGAGAGGCAGCGACUGGCCCAAGCUCACCCAGUGAGCAUCGUGGCUGAGCAGGGAUUCGAACCCAGUCCUCACAGGUCCUACCCCAGCAUUCUAACCAUGACACCACACUGCCCCUCAUGGUAACCACGCUGCCUCUCGCACCCUUCCUCUACAUUUGUGCGAUCCAGGAAGCUGUGAUUUGGCGAGGCCUCCUUGCCGCAUGUCCCAUCACCCAUGUGAUGGCGAUUAACAUACGCGGACCUUCAUUUCCACAUAUGGCAUGUUCUUUCCCAGGCACCCCCAAACUCAGCCCUCCAGCUGUUUUGGGACUACAAUUCCCAUCAUCCCUGACCACUGGUCCUGUUAGCUAGGGAUGAUGGGAGUUGUAGUCCCAAAACAGCUGGAGGGCCAAGUUUGGGGGUGCCUGUUCUUUCCUAUGCAGAAGCGCUGGUGCGUUUGCAGCAUUUGAAACAUGGGUAGGCAAACUAAGGCCCGGGGGCCGGAUCCGGUCCAAUCGCCUUCUUAAUCCCACGGACGGUCUGGGAAUCAGUGUGUUUUUACAUGAGUAGAAUGUGCCCUGUUAUUUAAAAUGCAUCUCUGGGUUAUUUGUGGGGCAUAGGAAUUCGUUCAUUUAUUUUUUUUCAAAAUAUAGUCCGGCCCCCCACAUGGUCUGAGGGACAGUGGACCCUUCUGAAAAAGUUUGCUGACCUCUGAUUUAUUUAUUUUAAAAAUAUUUUUAUUGGUUUUCCGUAUAUACAUCCUCUAACAAUAUUUCUCUAACAGUUUUCCAUAUUUUCCUACCCCCUCCCCUGGACUUCCCUCAUACUCCCAUUUUGUUUUAUUUCCAUAUUAUUCACCCUGCAUAUUGUUUCCCCAAAAUUUUCCCAAUACAUAUAAUCCUAUAUUAUUAUUAUUAAUUAUUAUUAUAUACAAUUGUGAUUGUUUACUCAAAUCCUGCCAAUGAGUCCAGUCCUUUAUGUUGUCUCUUCAUAUAUUGCUGACCCCUGAUUUAAAACCUCCUCCCUUUCUUCCCCUCCUGUUGUUUGCGUUUCAAUUACUAGUAUUGAUCGAUUGGCUUUUGUUUUCAUACGGUACCGUCAGCGUUUAUAGUACUUUUGCAACGCACAAGCAGGGCAAGUCUCUGCCCCGAGACGCUUUGUAAAACUCAACACAGGGAAAACAACCGGCGAAGCGGGUGGGAGGGGGUUAAGCAGCGAAGGAAUACACUGCUUAUUUUAGUUAUUCAUGCUUUGGAUUGGGUUGCAGGCUUUGUUGCAGCAGAGAAUUUUCUGAGAGAUUUUAAAAAGAUUUCCAGACUCUUCCUCCGCUGCGUCUAGGGUUUUGCAGCCCAAAGAUUUCCACUUCCUCCACGGAAACAGAAGCAAUUCUAGUGCAAAACCUUUGCUGUUUUCCCAGUGUGCUCAGACGCAAGCUUUGGCGAAUCCCCAAGGGGUAUAGUGAGUUCCAGAGAUGUUGCCUCCAACCCCGGUUUUUUUAGUUUUAAAUCUGUCCUUCUGCCUUUGUGGUCCUUCUUUCCUUCUGCGGGUCUCCUUAUUUUAUCCGGGUCCUUUUUGCAGACUUUGAAGCGCAAGGAGAAGGAAUACGAGCACGAGAUGGAGCGGCUGGCGAGGGAGAAGAUCGCCACGCAGCAGCGGCUGGCGGACCUGAAGCACGAGCUCAGCCAGUGGAUGGAUAUCCUGGAGAUCGACCGGAUUAUCCGGCAGACAGUUCAGCCGGAGGACGAUCAAGCGUCUACCUCGACUGCGUCAGGUGCGUCGGAAAUGCUGCCCGGUGGGGCCCGGUGGUGUGGCAGGUUGAUUUUUGGGGGUGGCGGGACGCACAGAGAUGCGCUCACGGCUGUAGCUCAUUGGUAGAGCACCUGCUUUGUAGAAUCAUAGAGAUGGAAGGGACCAACGUGGGAUUCGAACCCACAACCUUGAGAUGAAGAGUCUCAUGCUCUGCCAGAUUGAGUCCUCCUGGAGAACUGAGCUAUCUUUCGCGUGCAGAAGGUCCCAGGUUCCAGUCCUCAGGAUCUCCAGUUGAAAUCCUGUCUGAAAUCCUGCAGAGGCACCGCCAGGCAGCAUAGCCAGCUCCCAAGCUAGAGUGGUCUUCGGUGUGACUCUGUAUAAGACGGCGCCCUAUGUUCUUCUGCGCAGUAGGCUGCAUUCUGAACCAUGUACUAAACUCCCAUCCAGGGCCAGCCCACCAUGGUAUGCAAGCAACUCUGCACAUGCCUCAACAAGCAGUUCCAUAUUCGCACCAUCCAGGAAAACUCUCCUCCUCUGGCCCCCUCCCCAGCUGCCGUGUCUGAGGCUAUACCGUUUCAGGCUCGCAUGAUUUAAAUGCUCCUCCCUGCAAACAAAUUCCAUGGAGGUAGAAAACUAGCGUCUCAGGGUGACAGAAUACUUUCCCCUUGUAUAAUAAUAAUAAUAAUUAAUAAUAAUAAUUUAUUAUUUAUACCCCGCCCAUCUGGCUGGGUUUCCCCAGCCACUCUGGGCGGCUUCCAACAAAACACUAAAAUACAAUAACCUAUUAAACAUUAAAAGCUUCCCUAAACAGGACUGUCUUCAGAUGUCUUCUAAAAGUUUGGUAGUUAUUUUUCUCUUUGACAUCUGGUGGGAGGGCGUUCCACAGGGCAGGUGCCACUACCAAGAAGGCCCUCUGCCUGGUUCCCUGUAACUUGGCUUCUUGCAGCAAGGGAGCCACCAGAAGGCCCUCGGCACUGGACCUCAGUGUAUACUAGCUUUCUAUGGGCGGGAAUGAAAUACAUUUUUUAGAUUUACUUUUUUAUAUGGAGUCUGAAGUGGUGCAGCCCAAACACUUUUCCCAUCUCAUGACGGGGGUGGUGCAGUCUCUGUUGACUACUCCAGGAAGUGACUGUUUGUAACUUUUGGACAUGAUGAAGUUCGUAUGUUCAUGUUCCAUUGUGCCAGAGAGGCAGUGGUACCAGUAGUUGCCAAUUAGCUACUGCGCUAAGGUCAGGGUGCUGGUAUUAGUGUGGAAACUUGGUGCCAGAGUACCUGAAAAAUUAUCUUACCUCCUUACAGAUCACUGUGCUUGGCAGGUGAACAUCUGCAGAUGCCAUCAUUAGACAGGCACCAUCUCUGUUGUCUGAUUCUGGUGUCUUCUGAAGACCUUCACCUUCUAACAAGCCUUUUAAUACUACUAGAGGCUGAGGCUGAGAUAGCUCAUGCGGUAGAGCAUGAGGCUCUUAAUCUCAGGGUUGCAGGUUCAAGUCCCACAUUGGACAAAAGGUUCCUGCAUUGCAGGGGGUUGGACUAGAUGACCCUCAGGGUCCUUUCCCACCUAUACAAUUCUGUGAUUCUAGACCUUCCCUGCCUGCAUCUACAUUGGAAUUUAAAAAACAAAACAAAAAAACCUUCAGGAAUUUUCACUGUGUGCCACAUCUGAGCUCCUUUGGCAGAAAGAGUGAGGAUACACCAGUGUUAGAAACUCAGAUAUAUAAGCUAGGUCACCAAAACGGAAUGUCUAGUUGCCAUUUUUUGGGCAAGGUGAAAUUACCUUUCAAAUGAUGGGCUGACUGUGAUUGAUUCUCAGUUAAACAUCUGGCUAGUUCAGUGGCCUACCUCGAGCUAGGUUAUGAACGAUGAGAAAAGUCGCUCUAUCCAGGGACGGUACACACACACACACACACUGGCCUAUUCUGACCUCUUUUUCUUAAUGGUGACACGGACCAUUCAUAACGUAAGAAUAUUAUUCACAACUGUCAGCAGGGCACUAGGGUGGGGUAAGUGAAGACAAGCUGCAACAAUUAACUGUAAAGCUUUUCACUGCUCCUGCUCAGGCUGCAGAGAAAAAAACAUGAUGGUUCCUGAAAUCCAUUCCGAUUUUACAGAUAAAAAAAGAACUGAAAGAAUUCUACAGGAUGUAGCAUUAGUGUGUGAAAACAGUCGCAAGUCAAUGAUCCCCAGGCACACACCUCCAGAGGGUGGAGACACCAGGCAUCUUUGCUUGGUCCCAAGCGGUCGAUAGCCUUGCGCAAAAUGUGCCUCUUUUCAAACACGGAGCAAGUACUAUGGAGAUAACGGAGUUACACAAAAUACGGACUAUUUAAAAAGAUUCAUUAGAAAAGGUUUGAUAAUAGGACCCACGAAAGGGAAGGUGGGAAGUCCAGAGAUUCGGAGGGAUCUUUAAAUGUGGGUGUGUAUGGUUGCAUUGGUAUAAUUUUAUAUUUGUAAAAUCAAAAAUUAUUUCCAAAAAAAUAAAAAUUUCAAACGUGUACAGUGGACGCUCGGGUUGUGAACGUGAUCUGUGCGGAAUGCACGUUAGAAACCCGCAGCGGCGCGUCUGCACAUGCGUAGGUUGCCAUUCGGUGCUUCUGCGCAUGCGGAAAGCGUGAUUUAGUCUUCUGCGCACGUGAGGGUUGCCAUUCGGCGCUUCUGCACAUGCGCAAAGGAUGAUUUUGCACGUCUGCACAUGCGCAACCGCCGAAACCCGGAAGUAAUCCGUUCCAGUACUUCCGGGUUUGGGCAGUCCGUAACCCGAAAAAACGCAACCCGAAGCGUCUGUAACCCGAGGUAUGACUGUAAUAAAUACAUGUGCCCCCGUUUUGUCCUCCCCACAGAGGGUGAAGACAACAUGGACGAAGACAUGGAAGACGACCGGCCGGCGAACUCCUUGCCGAAGCUGUCCCACCGCCAGCACCCCGAGCUCUUGAAGGCGGUGCCCCCCAUCGCCGCCUCGCACCACCCGUCCGUCCUGCCUCUGGCCCAGAAGCACGCCCCUCCUCCGCCGCACGCGCAGCCCCCCCUUCCGCCCCAAGCGCUGGUGCCUCCCCAGGCCAUCGUCCCCGCACAGACUCACCUGGUGGCGGCCUCCACCGUGCAAUCGACUGUUAUCGCCCACACGGCCACCACGCAUGCCUCCGUCAUCCAGACUGUCAACCACGUCCUGCAGGGGCCGCCGGCCAAGCACAUUGCGCACAUUGCCCCUUCCUCCGCCUCCAGCCCGGUCCAGCUCACGGCCGCCGCCCAGCCCAUCGGCCACAUCACGGUGCACCCGGCUGCCCUCAACCACGUGGCGCACCUGGGCCAGCAGCUCCCCCUCUACCCACAGCCCGUGGCGGUCAGCCAGCCGGUGGUCAGCCACAUCGCCCACACCAUCUCUCACCAGCAAGUGAACGGGACGGCCGGCCUGGGGCAGCCGGCCGUCAUGGCCAAGCCGGCCGUCGGGACUCAGGUGGUGCACCACCCGCAGCUGGUGGGGCAGACGGUCUUGAACCCCGUCACCAUGGUCACCAUGCCUUCGUUCCCAGUGAGCACCUUGAAGCUGGCUUAGGGACCGCCGGGCGCCCGGCCGAAACUCCAUACAUUCCAAACUGCGUGCCCCCCCGUUGUGAAGUGAGGAGGGAGGAGGAAGAAGAGGGAGGAGGAAGAGGGGAGGGUGCAACAGGUCUGGGGAGGAGGGGGGUGGGGACAGACAAAAAAAAAUAAGAUUAAAACACACACAACACACGCGCUGUUCUUUUCUUCUUUCUCCUCCCGCUUUUCCCUUUCUUGAUUUCUAUUAGGCAACCUGGUAAUUGAGAAAAACCAGGUCCUGUUACUGCACUUGAAUUUCCCCCAAUCAGAACAUUUAAUGAACAGUCCUACAUAGUGAUUAUUAAUCCCCCCUUUUUUUCCAUGUAAUCAACGAAGUAUGACUAUAAUAAUGUUCUUAAGACAUUUUUUCCCCUUCCCCCGUUUUAUUUUUAUUUUUAUUUUUUUUAAUGUGUUGCUUCUUUGUAGGUUUGUUUUUUAAAAAAAAAUGGCUGAUCUCUUUAUGGAGAGACUUUGCAUAGAUUAAGAAGAGGAAGAAGAAGAAGAGAAUCAUAGAAAUAUAUAUAUUAUAUAUUUAUAUAUAUAUCUACCUGCCUUUAGCUACAUAUAUAUAUAAAUAUUGUUAUCAAAUGAAGGCCGUUGAGAAGGCUGAUUUUUUUUUUCCCCUUGCAGGAAUAUUAGACACGUUAACAGAAAAUUUGAAAAAAAACAAACAAUAAUCUCUUCCUUUUGGAAAGAGAAGACAGAGUUAUCCUUUUUAAAUGAGCAUCUUUCAAAGACAGAUGGUUUGGUGGACCAGGGUAAAACCAUAUUUAAAAAAAAAAAAAAACAUACGCGACAUGUUGCAGUAUUUUUUCCUUUCCGUAUAUUUGCAUUUCAGUUCAACCAUCAAUAAUCACUGUGACUUGUUACUGGCAUUUUAAGGAAACCCUCUGUCUAAUAAAAGGAGAGAAAAAAAAUUGCACACAA